AUGGUUCUGACCCGGUUCCCCCUGCCUCAGGUGCGCUGGUUCCGUGACGGGAACGAGAUCCGAAAGAGUAAAAAGUACGAGAUGAUGUCGAAGGGAAAGACGAGGACCCUGGUGGUGAACAAGUCUGUGUUUGAGGACGAGGCGGAGUACGAGUGCGACGCAAGGACUGCCAAGACCUCCGGGCUGCUGACCGUCACAGAGGAGGACGCGCGGUUCACCAAGAACCUGUCGUCGGUGGAGGGGACAGAGACCGACUCGGUGAAGCUGGUGUGUGAAGUGUCCAAGCCCAGUGCUGAGGUUCGCUGGUUCAAACAGGACCAGGAGAUCCCAGAAGGAGGACGCUACGAACAUGUGACCGACGGACGCAAACGCAUCCUCAUCAUCCAGGACCUGAGGCUGGAAGACCGCGGGGACUACACCUGCCAGCUGUCGGCCAGCACCACCACCACGGGCAAGCUGACCAUCAACGAGCUGGCGGCUGAGUUCAUCGCGCGGCCUCAGAACGUGGAGGUGGUGGAGGGAGAGAAGGCCGAGUUCGUCUGCUCGGUCUCCAAAGAGUCGUAUGAAGUCAAGUGGUUCAAAGGAGACAAGGAAGUGACAGAAGGAGACAAGUACAGUGUGGUGAGCGAGGGCAAGCGGCGCGCCCUGCUGGUCAAGAGCUGCGAGCGCAAGGACGAGGGCGGCUACACGGCGCACAUCGGCAACGUGCGGGCGUCCGCCGAGCUCUACGUUAUCGAGCUGGGGUUAGAGCUGGGGUUAGAGCAGGUGAUAGAGCUGGUGGGUGGGGUAGAGCUGGGGUUAGAGUUGGGGUUAGAGUUGGGGUUAGAGCUGGGGUUAGAGUUGGGGUUAGAGCUGGGGUUAGAGUUGGGGUUAGAGCUGGGGUUAGAGCUGGUGAUAGAGCUGGGGUUAGAGUUGGGGUUAGAGUUGGGGUUAGAGCUGGUGAUAGAGUUGGGGUUAGAGUUGGGGUUAGAGCUGGGGUUAGAGCUGGGGUUAGAGUUGGGGUUAGAGCAGGUGGUAGAGCUGGGGUUAGAGUUGGGGUUAGAGUUGGGGUUAGAGUUGGGGUUAGAGCUGGGGUUAGAGCUGGGGUUAGAGUUGGGGUUAGAGCUGGGGUUAGAGCUGGGGUUAGAGCUGGGGUUAGAGCAGGUGAUAGAGCUGGUGGGUGCGGUAGAGCUGGGGUUAGAGUUGGGGUUAGAGUUGGGGUUAGAGUUGGGGUUAGAGCUGGGGUUAGAGCUGGGGUUAGAGCUGGGGUUAGAGCUGGGGUUAGAGCUGGUGAUAGAGCUGGGGUUAGAGUUGGGGUUAGAGUUGGGGUUAGAGCUGGGGUUAGAGCUGGGGUUAGAGCUGGGGUUAGAGCUGGUGAUAGAGCUGGGGUUAGAGUUGGGGUUAGAGCUGGGGUUAGAGCUGGGGUUAGAGUUGGGGUUAGAGCUGGGGUUAGAGCUGGGGUUAGAGCUGGGGUUAGAGCAGGUGAUAGAGCUGGUGGGUGCGGUAGAGCUGGGGUUAGAGUUGGGGUUAGAGUUGGGGUUAGAGCUGGGGUUAGAGCUGGGGUUAGAGCUGGGGUUAGAGCUGGGGUUAGAGCUGGGGUUAGAGCUGGUGAUAGAGCUGGGGUUAGAGUUGGGGUUAGAGUUGGGGUUAGAGCUGGGGUUAGAGCUGGGGUUAGAGCUGGGGUUAGAGCUGGGGUUAGAGCUGGUGAUAGAGCUGGGGUUAGAGUUGGGGUUAGAGCUGGGGUUAGAGCUGGGGUUAGAGCUGGGGUUAGAGUUGGGGUUAGAGCUGGGGUUAGAGCUGGGGUUAGAGUUGGGGUUAGAGCUGGUGAUAGAGCUGGGGUUAGAGCUGGGGUUAGAGCUGGGGUUAGAGCUGGGGUUAGAACUGGGGUUAGAGCAGGUGAUAGAGCUGGGGUUAGAGCUGGGGUUAGAGCAGGUGAUAGAGCUGGGGUUAGAGCUGGGGUUAGAGCUGGGGUUAGAGUUGGGGUUAGAGCUGGGGUUAGAGCUGGUGAUAGAGCUGGGGUUAGAGUUGGGGUUAGAGCUGGGGUUAGAGCUGGGGUUAGAGUUGGGGUUAGAGCUGGUGAUAGAGCUGGGGUUAGAGCUGGGGUUAGAGCUGGGGUUAGAGCUGGGGUUAGAACUGGGGUUAGAGCAGGUGAUAGAGCUGGGGUUAGAACUGGGGUUAGAGCAGGUGAUAGAGCUGGGGUUAGAGCUGGGGUUAGAGCUGGGGUUAGAGUUGGGGUUAGAGCUGGGGUUAGAGCUGGGGUUAGAGCUGGGAUUAGAGCUGGGAUUAGAGCAGGUGAUAGAGCUGGUGGGUGGGGUAGAGCUGGGGUUAGAGUUGGGGUUAGAGUUGGGGUUAGAGCUGGGGUUAGAGCUGGAGUUAGAGUUGGGGGUUAGAGCAGGUGAGUUGGGGUUAGAGCUGGGGUUAGAGCUGGGGUUAGAGCUGGGGUUAGAGCUGGGGUUAGAGCUGGGGUUAGAGUUGGGGUUAGAGCUGGGGUUAGAGCUGGUGAUAGAGCUGGGGUUAGAGUUGGGGUUAGAGCUGGGGUGGGGGGUUAGAGCUGGGGUUAGAGCUGGGGUUAGAGCUGGGGUUAGAGCAGAGCUGGGGUUAGAGCUGGGGUUAGAGUUGGGGUUAGAGCUGGAGUUAGAGCUGGGGUUAGAGCUGGGGUUAGAGCUGGGGUUAGAGCUGGGGUUAGAGUUGGGGUUAGAGUUGGUGGGUGGGAUAGAGCUGGGGUUAGAGCAGGUGGAGAAGCUCCGGAUCAUCACUCCCCUGCGGGACGUCCAGGUGAAGGAGGGGUCAGAGGUCGUGUUUAACUGUGAGGUCAACGCUGACGGAGCCAAAGCCAAGUGGCUCAAACAGGACGAGACCAUCUUCGACAGCGGCAAGUUCACCAUGACCCAGCGGGACAACGUCUUCUCCCUGAGGAUCCGGGACGCCAACAAGACCGACCAGGCCCAAUACAGCAUCCUCCUGACCAAUCAGAGAGGAGAGCAGGCCAAGAGCUCCGCCUCCGCCACCGUGGCAGAGGAGCAGCUGAGGUUCCUGGAGCCCAUAGAAGACCUGGAGACGCAGGAGAAGCGCACGGUUGCCUUCGUGUGUAAAGUGAACCGUCCUGAGCUCACGGUGCGAUGGUUCAAAGCCGGUCAGGAGCUGGUGCUCAGCAAGCGCCUGGUCUACCGCGUCGAUGGUCUCAAGCACACACUGACCAUCAAGGACUGCACCAUGGAGGACGAGGGGGAGUACACGGCUACUGUGGGGGAGGACAGGUGUGUUGCGGAGCUCAUCAUCAGUGAAGCUCCCUCAGAUUUCACGACUCAGCUCAAAGAUCAGACGGUGACAGAGUUUGAAGACGCAGAGUUUGUGACGAAAGUGAACAAAGACAAAGCACAAGUCAAGUGGUACAGAGCAGGACGCGAGAUCCGAGAGGGCCCCAGGUACCAUAUGGAGCGCGAGGGAAAAACCUGUCGUCUGAUGGUGAAGACCUGUCGACCGGACGAUGAGUGUGAAUACUCCUGCGGCGUGGACGAGCGCCGCACCCGGGCCCGGCUGUUCGUUGAAGAGACCCCUGUGGAGAUCGUGCGUCCUCCUCAGGACCUGUUCCAGCCUCCUGGUUCAGACGUGGUGUUUGAGGCAGAGUUGAACAAGGACCGUGUGGAGGUUCGCUGGAUGAGGAACAACAUGAUCAUCGUCCAGGGAGACAAGUACCAGAUGAUCAGUGAAGGAACCAUCCACCGCCUGCAGGUCUGCGAGAUCAGACCCCGGGACCAGGGAGAGUACCGGAUCAUCGCCAAGGACAAGGACGCCAGAGCCAAGCUGGAGCUGGCAGCUGUGCCAAAGAUCAAGACCACAGACCAGAGCCUGGUGACAGAUGCUGGAAAACCCUUCAUGAUGUCAGUGCCGUAUGAUGCAUAUCCUCGGGCUGAGACCGACUGGGUCUUUGGCGGGACCAGCCUGCCGGUCCAGAACAUCGACUCCAGCCUCGACAAGACCGAGUACCGACUCAAGAGUCCCACCAAGGAGGACCAGGGCCAGUACCGGGUGGUGAUCCGCAACAAGCAUGGAGAAGCCACUGCCAACAUCCAACUGGACGUGAUCGACGUGCCAGGUCCGGUGAAGGGUCUGCGGGUCGUGGACACUGCUGAGGGUGAAGUGAGUCUGUCGUGGGAGGAGCCCGAGUCUGACGGCGGAGCCAAGAUCUCGGCUUACGUUGUGGAGCGCCGCGACAUCAAGAGGAAAACCUGGACCGUAGCCACAGACCGAGCCGACGCCCCAGAGUACUGUGUGUCCGGACUCAACCGGGACCUGCUCUACCUGUUCAGGGUCAGCGCCAGGAACCGAGUAGGAACCGGACCCAGUGUAGUCCUGGACGAACCCGUCCAGCCCAAGAACAAGUUUGAUGUCCCGGAUGCCCCUCAGAAGGUCCAUGUGGUCUCUGUGAACCGGUUCGGUGCAACCGUGGGCUGGGAGCCACCUCAGUCAGACGGCGGGUCUGAAAUCACAGCGUAUGUUAUUGAGCUGCGCGACCGCACCUCAGUUAAGUGGGAGGCGGCCUUGGUCACCGCGGCGACCGCCCGCUCCGCCGACCUGAAUGACGUGGUGGAGAACAAAGAGUACAUCUUCAGAGUUAGAGCCGAGAACAAGGCAGGGGCAGGUCGCCCCAGUGCUGCGACCAAUCCCGUCAAGAUCAUGGACCCCAUCGACCGCCCGAGUCGCCCUCUGAACCUCCACCCAAGCGAGACCACCCGCACGACCGUCACCCUGACCUGGGAGACGCCCGUUUCCAACGGAGGAAGCAUGAUCACGGGUUACAUCAUUGAGAAGUGCGACGACGGCAGCUACAACUGGCUUCGUGUCAACGCCAAGCUGUGCCCUGACCUCAGCUACAGGGUCUCUGGUCUGAAGCCUCGGCAGAAGUUCUUCUUUAGAGUCCGAGCUGAAAACGCAGCCGGAGUCUCAGAACCGUCUGAGCAACUGGGCCCAGCGCUGGCUGACGACCCACAUGUGGCCCCGUCCAUGGACCUCAGCUCCUUCAGAAAUGGUCUUGAGGUCAUCGUGCCUCAGCCUCUGGUCAUCAGAGUACCCAUCAGCGGGUACCCCACCCCGACCCCGACCUGGACCUAUGGCGAGACAGUGCUGAAACCAGACCAGGACCGCGUCUCGAUGGUAACCAAGGCCACGUACACCGAGCUGACUCUGAGCCCGAGCGUACGACCCGAUAAGGGAACGUACGGACUCACACUCGAGAACGACGUGAACUACUGCAGCGGAGAGGUGGAGGUCAACGUUAUUGCUGCCCCCAGUGCUCCCAAAGACCUGAAGGUGGCUGAGGUGACCCGCAGACAUGUGCAUCUCCAGUGGGAGGCGCCAGAGCACGACGGCGGCAGUCCAGUCACACACUACCAGAUCGAGAAGAAGGAGGUGUCCCGCAAGACCUGGGCCAAGGUGGCCACUGGUGUGAUGGACCUGGAGCACACGGUCACAGAUGUGAUGGAGGGAAAGGAGUAUCUGUUCAGUGUCACAGCCUGCAACAAGUGUGGACCUGGAGAACCAGCCUACAUCGACGAGCCCGUCAAUGUGUCAUCUCCAGCCACUGUACCUGAUCCUCCGGAGAACCUGAAGUGGAGAGAUAAAUCUGCCAAGAGUAUCUUCCUGCUAUGGGAACCCCCCAAGAUCGACGGCGGGGCUCCCCUGAAGGGCUACAUCAUCGACAAGUGUCAGAGAGGAACCGACAAGUGGGAACCAUGUGGAGACCCCAUCACAGAGCUCAAGUACCAGGUCACCGGGCUGAUCGAGGGGCAGUGGUACGCCUACAGAAUCAGAGCCAUGAACCGUCUGGGAGCCUCGCGCCCGAGCCGAGCCACUGACGAGAUCCAGGCUGUGGACGCCAGAGAUCCGCCUCAGAUCCAGUUGGACGUGAAGCUUCUGGCAGGUCUCACGGCUCGGGCUGGGUCUAAGAUCGAGCUGCCCGCUGAGGUUUUGGGAAAGCCAGACCCCAGGGUCAAGUGGACAAAAGCCGACCUGGUCCUGCGUGCCGACGACCGCAUCACCAUGGAAACCACGCCAGGCCAUGCCAAGCUGAGCAUCGGCAACACGACCCGAGGGGACACCGCGACCUACAUCAUUGAGGCAGUGAACACAUGUGGAAGAGCCACCGCCACUGUGGACGUCAACAUCCUGGAUAAACCCGGCCCUCCCGCUGCCUUUGACCUCUCUGACAUCACCAGUGAGUCGUGCUCGCUGGCCUGGAACCCGCCUCGGGACGAUGGCGGGUCGCCCAUCACCAACUACAUUGUGGAGAGUCGUCAGACCGACAAAGAAGAGUGGGUGAAACUGUCCGCCACGGUCAAACACACGACCUUCACGGCGACCAAACUCACCGCGCUCAAAGAGUACCUGUUCCGCGUCAGUGCUGAGAACCAGUACGGUAUUGGGGCGCCUGCCGAGCAUGUGCCCAUCAUCGCCAAGUACUCCUUCGACCCGCCCGGCUCCCCCACCCGAGUCACCCCCUCAGACGUGUCUCGUGACGCCGUGACGCUGUCGUGGUUUGAACCGGACGAGGACGGCGGCAGUCCCAUCACCGGGUACUGGGUGGAGAAGUAUGACACGGAGAGCGACAAGUGGCUGCGCUGCAACAAGCUGCCCAUCAAAGACACCACCUACAGGGUGAAGGGGCUCCCCACAAAGAAGAAGUUCAGAUUCAGAGUUUUGGCCGAGAAUUUGGCCGGACCUGGAAAACCCAGCACCGAGACCGACCCAGUCCUCAUUAAGGACCCCAUUGAUGCCCCUUGGGCUCCUGGAAAGCCUGUGGUGCGUGACGUGGGUAAGACCUCGGUGACUCUGACCUGGACGCGGCCCGAGCACGACGGCGGUGCAAAGAUUGAGGGGUACGUGGUGGAGCUGCAGAAGUCCGGGUCGGAGGACUGGAUCCGAGUGGCUGAAGAUGUUCCCCAGACUGAGGCGGUCCUCAAGGAGCUCAUGGAGAAACAGGAGUACAGCUUUAGAGUCCGAGCCGUGAACCGGGCUGGGGAGAGCGACCCGAGCGAGCCCAGCGAUCCGGUGGUGUGCAAGGAGAGGCUGUACGUCCCCUCUCCUCCUCAGUGGCUGGAGGUCUCUGGCAUCUCUAAGACGGCUGCAGACCUGAAGUGGCAGGCUCCCAGCAGCGACGGAGGUUCUCCCAUCACUAACUACGUGGUGGAGAAGCGAGACGUGAGGAGGAAGGCGUACCAGGCAGUGGACACCACAGUGAAGGAGCUCAAGUACUGCGUGACUCCUCUCAACGAGGGCUCUCUGUACGUGUUCCGCGUGGCAGCCGAGAACGCCGUGGGAAUGUCCGAGUUCUGCGAGCUGGACGAUGCUGUGCUUGCCAAGGACACCUUCACCACGCCCGGACCUCCCUACGCCCUGACGGUGGUGGAAGUGACCAAGAGACACGUGGACCUGAAGUGGGAGGCGCCUCAGAGUAACGGAGGACGUCCUAUUACCAAGUAUGUGAUUGAGAAGAAGGAGAAGCUGGGCACUCGUUGGCUGAAGUGCUGUAAGACCCCAGACCGUCAGACCCAGUUCAAGGUGACGGACGUGGACGAGGGCUCGGAGGUGCAGUUCCAGGUGCGAGCAGAGAACCAGGCCGGUGUGGGAGAACCCAGCGAGCCUACUGUGGUGCUGACUAUUGAGGACGCCACCAGCGUUCCCUCCCCUCCUGUGGAGCUGGUCGUGGUGGAUGCAAGCCGCGAGCACAUCAACGUGGCGUGGAAGCCUCCAGUGAAAGAUGGCGGCUGCCCGGUCAGCGGGUACCAUGUGGAGGUGGCUGAGGCACGACCCGAGCUCAAGUGGCUCCGUGUCAACACCCGCCCCAUCAAAGAACUCACCUUCCGCAUCGACGACGGCAUCAAGUCUGAGAAGAAAUAUGUGAUCCGAGCUCGGGCCAUUAACUCUGUGGGGGUCAGCGAGCCCUCACAGGUCACCGACAAGGUCUACACCCGAGACCCCGACUGUGCCCCCACACUGGAGGUUCCCUCAGAGGAGGUGGUGGUGGUGGAGGGUGAGAAGCUGCACCUGUUCGUGCCGUACCGUGCCAUUCCAACCCCGAAGAUGAUCUGGACCAAAGAGGAGAGCGAGCUCAAAGCAGACGACCGUCUGUCCUUCACUGUGGAGAUGAACGACGCUCACCUGGAGCUGCUCAAGAGUACGAGGGCAGACGCCGGGAAGUACACCAUCACCCUGGAGAACACACUGGGCAAGGUCUCCGGGACGGUCACCGUCAAGGUUAUCGGCCUGCCGGGACAGUGUAAGGACAUCACCUCAGCUGAUGUCACUAAGAACUCUGUGGUCAUGAGCUGGGUCGCUCCCGAGGACGACGGGAACUCCCCCAUCACCGGGUACACGCUGGAGCGCCGCGAGACCUCCAAGAAGACAUUCAUCCCUGUCCUGACCUGCCAGGACCUGCUGACCACCACCGUCAAAGACCUCUACGUCAACUGCGAGUACUACUUCAGAGUCCGAGCCCACAACCUCGUGGGUCCUGGACCAUAUCUGGAGCUGAGAGCCCCAGUCAUCACCGAGGAGAUCAAACAGAAACCAGACCCUCCCAUUUGCGUGGAGACCUACGACCCAACCUCAAAGUCCAUUACGGUGUCCUGGCGGGCCCCGGAUUCAGACGGGGGCUGUCCCAUCAUGGGCUACGUGGUGGAGAAGAUGGAGAAGGAUGGAGACCGCUACGAGCGCCUGAACCCGAGUCUGGUUCCUGGGUUCAGCUUCAUUGCGACGGGUCUCACUGAGGGACAGGAGUAUCAGUUCAGGGUGAGGGCCGAGAACGCAGCCGGGGUCAGCGAACCCUCAAGGAGCUCAGCCAUGAUGAAGGCAGCCGACCCAGUGGAAAAGCCCAUGGUGUCCCUGUCAGCCCGUGUCGUAGCCGGUCUGUGUGUGAAGAAGGGUGAGGAGAUCCGUCUGGAUGCCCUGGUGUCCGGAUCCCCCUAUCCCAAAAUCACCUGGCUCCGAAACGAGGAGGACGUGACCAAAGAGCCGACCAAGAAAGUCGUUCCAAUUGUGAAGAAGAAGUCCAAGGCCAAGGUUGCGGAGCCCGAGCCCGAGUUUGUGACCCCUCUGCGGGAGCGGCUGGGGCUAGACCAGACCAAGAAGGGCCAGACCGCACUGAUGGUCCGCGACUCAGUCCGAACCGACCACGGCAGCUUCACCAUCCUCGCUGAGAACCAACACGGGAGCGCCAUGGCAACCUGCCUCGUCAACGUCCUGGAUGUUCCUGGUCCUCCUGUGAACUUCACCUUCUCGGACGUGAGGAACACCUCAGUGUUGUGCAGCUGGGAGCCUCCAGAGGACGAUGGCGGCUCAGAGAUCGACAACUACAUCUUAGAGAAGAAAGACAACCGCAACGAGGAGAUGGGCUGGAUCACCAUCACCUCCACCCUGAAGGGCACAUCGUUCCCUGUGGCCAAACUCAUCGAGGGGAAGGAGUACAUCUUCAGAGUGACGGCUGAGAACAAGUCUGGACCCGGAGCUCCCUGCAUCUCCGAGCCAAUGGUGGCCAAGAACAUGUUCGACCCCCCUGAUGCCCCCAACACCCCGAGAGUCCAGGAGGUCACCGCCUCCAGCGCCAAACUGUCGUGGCACGAGCCCAAAGACAACGGCAGCCCCAUCUUGGGAUACUGGAUUGAGAGGAAGGAGGUGAACAGCAAACACUGGACCAGAGUGAACCGGGCUCUGCUUAAUGCGCUGGAGGUCCGGGUCCAGGGGCUCCAGGAGGGACUCACCUACAUCUUCAGAGUCUGUGCGGAGAACUUAGCCGGACCAGGACCCUUCUGCGAGCCGUCUGACCGCACUGUGGCCAUGGACGCCAUCUUGCCCCCUGGACCUCCCAUUCCUCGGGUUGUGGACACUGGAAAAGACUUUGUGAUUCUGGCCUGGAAACCUCCUCUGUACAACGGCGGAGGAGACAUCUCAGGAUACCACGUGGAGAAGAUGGUGGUCGGGGAGAAGGAAUGGAAGCGUGCCACUGAACACCGCUGUAAAGACCUGACCUUCACCGCCAGGGGCCUGACCGAAGGAGCCGACUACUACCUCCGAGUGAUCGCUGUGAACGAGGCCGGACCGGGAGCUCCAGGGACCACGGACCCAGUGACCGUGAAGGAACCAGAGGAGACCCCGUCCGUGGAGCUAGACGCCACGGUGCGUAACGGCGUGAUGAUCCGUGCCGGAGCGCCUCUGCGUCUGCCCGCCGUAGUGACCGGCCGCCCGCAGCCCGAGGUCAAAUGGACCAAAGACGAAGCCGCCACCGACCCAGAGAGAGUGCAGCUGGAGACGCAGGGCAAGAACACCACUCUGUUCAUCAAAGUCAGCACCAGGGCCGACCACGGCAAAUACACCGUGACCGGAACCAACCCCAGCGGCAGCAAGAGCGCCGAGACCCGGGUGGACGUCAUGGAUGUCCCUGGCCCCGUGGUGGACCUCAAAACCGUGCUGGUCACUAAGAAGAACAUCGUACUGACCUGGAAAGACCCGCUGGACAACGGUGGCAGCGACAUCAUGGGUUACGAGGUCCUGAGGAAGGACUCCAACAUGAAGCUGUUCCGGCAGCCCAUCGACACGGCCUCCUGCAAGUGCGACGUCCAGGGCCUGCUCCACAACGAGAGCUACGACUUCAGGGUCAUCGCACGCAACAAGUACGGAGACGGAACCCCCGCUGACCUGGGGCCCGUCAUCGCCCAGGACCCCAAAGGAACCCCCUCCGCGCCCGAGAAGUUCCACUACAGCGACCGCAGUAAGACCACCAUCUCUCUGGCCUGGCAGCCUCCUCGCACCGACGGGGGAAGUCCCAUCACCGGCUACUACGUGGAGAAGAUGAGGUCCGACAGCACCGAGUUCGACGUGGCUCACCGCAAGAUCUUCACCGAGUGCCAGGGAACCAUCGAGAACCUGUCGGAGAACAUGGAGUACCAGUUCCGGGUCAAAGCCGUGAACGAGGUCGGAGACGGAGACCACAGCAAAGCCAUCAAUGUGAAGAUCAUGGACGAUGAGAUUCCUCCGUCCAUUGCCAUGCUGCGCUUCUUCAAGAACAAUUCCCUGAUCAUCCAUAAAGGGGGCGCUGUAGAGCUGCCCGCCGAGAUUAAAGGUCUCCCCCUGCCGACCUUCACCUGGCUCAGGGACGACCUGCCCCUCGUGGUCAAACCUGAGGAGGAAAGAAUGACCAUGGAAUCUGAAGAGGUGGACCGCACCACCAUCAAGACUAAGAUCUCCAUCCCGUCGUCUCUGAGGCAGGACACGGGGAAUUACCAACUGAAGGCUGACAACUGCUACGGCAGCGCCACACACCUCAUCCGGGUCGAAGUGCUCGACCGGCCGCUCCCGCCCCGAAACAUUGUGAUCUCGGACAUCCGAUCGGACUCCUGCUACCUGACCUGGGAUGCACCCGAGGACAACGGCGGGUCGGAGAUCACCAACUACAUCCUUGAGAGGCGAGACGCCAGCAAGAAGAAGUCGGACUUCGAAGUCCUGACGAUUAACCUGAUCGACCGCAGAUACGGGGUCUACAAGCUUGACUUUAAUGGCCAGUACCAGUUCCGGAUCAAAGCCGAGAAUAAGUUUGGUGUGAGUGACGGCUUUGAGUCGGAGAAGGUACAGCUGCGCGAUCCCUUCGGCUUGCCGGGUCCACCCCGAAACCCCAAGAUCAUCGCCGGUACAGCGACGACCAUGACAGUGACCUGGGAGCCUCCCCUCGAGAACGGCGGGUCUAGCAUCCAGGGGUACUGGCUGGAGAAGAGGGAGCGCGGGGCCGUGUACUGGGGCAGAGUCAACCGCUCGCCGGUCACCAAACCUGCCGUCAGAGGACUGCAGUACACCAUCCUGCGUCUCAUCGAGGGCACGGAGUACCAGUUUAGGGUCGCAGCUCAGAACGCAGCUGGGGUGGGUCCCCCGAGUGAGGGAACGACCUGCCGCUUUGCACAGGAUCCAUGCAACCCGCCUAGCCCGCCGCUGGAGCUCACGGUGCUGGAUAAGACCAAGUCGUCUGUGUCCCUGAGCUGGAGUCCCCCAGAGAGGGACGGCGGCGCCCCAGUCAAAGGUUAUGUGGUGGAGGUGCACGAGGAGGGCAUGGCCGAGUGGAAGCGGGUCACCCUGCCAGACAAGCCCCACAUGUCGACCAACUUCAACGUACCCAACCUGCGGGAGAACCGCAAGGCCCGGUUCAGGGUCUACGCCGUCAACGCUGCCGGCAUGUCCGAGCCUGCCAUCACCAAGGACGUGAUGGUGCAAGACAUCCUGAUCGAGCCCGUGCUGACCCUUGAUCUCAGCGCUAACGACCUCCUGAACACUCGGGCUGGAACCAUGCUGCAGAUACCUGUGUCUGUGAGAGGGCGCCCCCAACCCAACAUCACCUGGAACUACGACGGCACGGCAGAGAGCGAGAAGAAGAACGAGAGACACACCCUGCCCCUGGAUGCUGAGAUCUACACGUCAGACACCUCCACCCGGGUCGUCAUCGCCGAGUCCCAGCUGUGUCACUCCGGACGUUACAUCAUCAACGCCGAGAGUCCAGCAGGACACAAGGUCCUGAAGGUCCGGGUCAACAUCCUGGACCUGCCAGGGGCCCCCAGGGACCUCCGAGUCACCGACAUCACCAGAGGAACCUGCCGCCUCAGCUGGAAGGCUCCAGAGAGCGAUGGUGGAGAACACAUCAAGAGCUACUUUAUCGAGAAGAAGACCACGACCGGGAAGGCCUGGACCAAGGUGAACCCGACCUGCCAGGCCCAGUCUCUGGUGAUCCCAGACCUGAUCGAUGGACAGGAGUACAUCUUCAGGAUCAAAGCAGAGAAUCGCUUUGGAUUUGGACCCUACACCGAGACCCCCGAAGGAUCCCGGGCCAGAGACCCCAUUCACCCGCCAGACCCCCCGACUCGUCUGAAGAUCCUCGGGGUGAAGAAGGGCGUGGUGUCUCUGUGCUGGAAGUGUCCAAAGAACGAUGGCGGCGCUCCUGUCACUCACUACAGCGUCGACAUGCUCUGCUGGGACGCUAGCGGCUCUCAGAAGGAGGGCUGGAUGAGGUGUAACCGCAGGGAGGUGGAGGCCACUCAUUUCAAGGUGGAGGAUUUGAAGGAAGGAGACGAGUAUGAGUUCAGAGUCAACGCCUUUAACCAGGCCGGUUCCAGCCGCCCUUCCACCACUGUCGGCCCAAUCCUGAUCCAAGACCAGACCUGCGCCCCGUCCAUCGAGUUGGAGGAGUUCCUGGAGUCCGAACAGGGCAAGGAGAUCCGAAUCGUGGCAAAGAUCCGUGGAUGUCCGUUCCCCACACUGACCUGGUUCAAAGCCCCUCCCCACAAACCAGAGCAGAAGACCCAAGUCGAAUACGAUGAGAACAUCAACAAGAUAGUGUCUGAUGAGACCUGCACUCUGCUGAUCCAGAGGGCCAUACGAGGGGACACGGGCCUGUACACCCUCCAGGCCUCCAACAGCCUGGGCAAGGCCAGCAAGGAGAUGAGGCUCAACGUCAUGGGUCGACCCGGGGCCCCCUCUGCUCCCAUUAAGUUUGAGGAGAUCGAGGCGGAGAAGAUCACGCUGUCCUGGCUGCCUCCCAAAGACGACGGCGGGUCCAAAGUCACCAACUAUGUGAUCUGGCGCCGCGUGGCCAGCCGUAAGACCUGGGUCAUCGUGACCAACGAGCCCAAGGAGCGGGUGUGGACCGUGGAGAACCUGAUGGAAGGCCACGAGUACAUCUUCAGAAUCAUGGCUCAGAACAAGUACGGCGUGGGAGAACCUCUGGACUCUGAGCCCGAGGUGGCCCGCAACAUCUGUGUCCCGCCUGGCCAGGUGGAGAAGCCCACGGUCUCUGCUGUGACACUGGACUCCAUGACGGUGAACUGGGAGGAGCCUGAAGACGAUGGCGGGUCGCCCAUCAGCGGGUACUGGCUGGAGAGGAAGGAGACCACGGGCAAACGCUGGGCACGGGUGACCCGGGAACCCAUACGACCCAUGGGACUGGGGGAGAGCUUCUGCGUGACCGGCCUCAUUGAGGGGUCGCAGUAUCAGUUCAGAGUCACUGCCAUGAACGCAGCUGGUCCGGGACUCCCGAGCCCACUGACCGACCCGGUGUUCGCCAGAGACCCGAUCUCCCCGCCCUCCCCACCCACACCCAAAGUCUCCGAUUGGACCAAAUCCACAGUGGACCUGGAGUGGAUCCCACCCCUCAAAGAUGGCGGCUCCAAGAUCAUGGGAUACUGGGUCGAGCAUAAGGAAGAGGGGACUGAGGCGUGGGUGAAGGCCAAAGACACAGAGGUCCGUGGCACUCGUCUGGUCAUCACAGGGCUGAAGACCGGAGGAAAGUACCGCUUCAGAGUGAUGGCCUUCAACACGGCAGGGAACAGUGAGCCUGGCGAGGUGCCCGAGGUGCUGGAGGUCAUCGACAGAUCCAUCGCGCCUGAGGUGGACCUGGACGCCUCCUUGAAGGAGCGUAUCGUGGUACACGCCGGGGGAGUGAUCCGCCUGAUCGCGUACGUGAGCGGUCAGCCGGCACCUGAGGUCACCUGGAGCAGAGACGGUGCAGCGCUGCCCCCAGAGGCUGUGGUGGAAACUACAGGAAUCAGCUCUGCUCUGGUCAUCAAGCCCUGCGCCCGCAAACACCUUGGCGUCUAUAGCGUCACUGCCAAGAACGCUGGUGGAGAGAAACAACGCAAGGUCACCGUGGAGGUCCUGGACGUUCCUGGUGCAGUUGGAAUUCCUCUGACGGCGGAAAACCUGAGUGGGGACUCUUGCAAGCUGAACUGGUUCUUCCCGGAGAACGAUGGCGGCUCUCCCAUCAGUAACUUUGUGGUGGAGAAGCGCGAGGCAGAGCGUAAAGCCUGGACCGCCGUGUCAUACAGUGCCAGCCGGCAGAACGCAGUGCUCACCGGACUCACCCCCAGCAAGGCCUACUUCUUCAGGGUUGCAGCCGAAAACGCCAUUGGCCUGGGACCGUUCAUGACCACAGCUUGCGAAAUCAUCGUGAAGGAACCAAUCAGUGUUCCGGACCGGCCAGAGGAGCUGGAGGUCACCAAAGUCACCAAAGACCUGAUCUCAGUGACGUGGAAGGCCCCGCUGUCUGAUGGCGGCUCGGAAAUCACCAUGUACAUCCUGGAGGCGCGGCAGAUCGGCAAAGACAAGUUCACCCGUCUCACCAAGGAGUCGCUGAUGGAGCGCAAGUUCACCCUGGACGGACUCCGCGAGGGAGACACCUACCAGUUCAGGGUCCUGGCCGUCAACGAGGUCGGAGCGGGGAAACCCAGCUUCUGCACCAAGCCUAUCACCUGCCGGGACGAGCUGGAGCCCCCCACCAUCGAGCUGGACUUUAGAGAUAAAAUCAUCAUCCGUGUGGGUGAGAGCUGCCUGCUUCAGGGCCGGUACCACGGAAAGCCCUGUCCGUCCAUCGUGUGGUACCGCGACGACGAGGAGCUGAAGGCCGACCAGCACGUGAUGUUCAAGAACACUCUGAGCACCAUGUCCCUGGGGCUGAUGAAGGCUCAGCGCCAGCACAGCGGCCGCUACGUGGUGGUGGUGGAGAACAGCACUGGUGCUCGCAAAGGCAUCUGCAACAUCACCGUGGUUGACCGGCCCACUCCUCCAGUCGGACCCGUGGUCUUUGACGAGGUCCACAGAGAGUCCAUGUUGGUCUCCUGGAAACCUCCUCUGGACAGCGGCGGCGUGGACGUCUCCAACUACAUCAUUGAGCAGCGAGACGUCAACCGCGAGAGCUGGACAACCGUCACUUCAGCAACAACCAAGACUUUCUGCAAGAUCCCUCGUCUGGUUGAGGGUCGUGAGUACAUCAUCCGCAUCUUUGCCGAGAACAUGUACGGUAUCAGCGACCCACUGGAGUCUGAGGAGAUGAAAGCCAAAGACCUGUUCAGAGUCCCUGAGGCGCCUGAGCAGCCCACUGUACGUGAGGUGUAUGCCACAAACGUGCUGGUGCUGUGGUCACGGCCCAGAGACGGCGGAAAACCGAUCCUGAACUACAUCCUGGAGAAGAAGGAGGUGGGAGCCAAACGUUGGUCCCGAGUCACCCGCGACCAGCUCUACCCUCAGACACAGUACCGCGUCAACGACCUAACUGAGGGCUGCAACUACGAGUUCAGAGUGACUGCAGAGAACGAGCUGGGCAUCGGCGACCCCAGCCCUCCCAGCCUGCCCAUCCUCGCCAAAGACCCCAUCGUUCCUCCGAGCCCUCCUGUCACCCCUGAGUCCUAUGAUAAGACCAAAGACUCGGUGAGUCUGCGCUGGAAGCAGCCGCGUCACGACGGUAAAGGCCGUAUCUUCGGUUACAUCGUGGAGUACCAGAAACCAGGCGCAGUGGAGUGGACCCAGGCCAACGAGACGCCCGAGCAGUGCCCCGACCUGGGUUACGUGGUGACCGGCCUGAGCGACCAGGUCGAGUACAUCUUCAGGAUCUUCACCGUCAACGCCGCUGGCAGGUCUGACCCCGCCUACGUCAAGGAGACCAUCAAAGUGCACGACCGGCUCGAGGCUCCUGAGCUCCUCUUGGACGCCAACAUGUCCCGUGACCACCUGGCCAUGCUGGGGACAGACAUCACCCUGAGCGCCCUGGUCCGUGGCGUGCCCACUCCCACUGUCCAAUGGCAGAAGGAGGGCGGGGACAUGCCGGCCCACCUCACCGUAGCGGUCACUGAAUCCGGUACCAAAGUGUUUAUCCCCAAAUCCACACGUAAAGACUCUGGCAAAUACACACUGACGGCAGAGAACAGCUCCGGGAAGAAGACCGCCACGGUCAACGUCCUGGUGCUGAAUAAGCCCACUCCCCCUCGGGACCUGACCAUCUCUGAGAUCACCAGUGAGUCUGCAUACCUGACCUGGAAGGCCCCUGAGGACAAUGGGGGGGCGGUCGUGUCCCAUUACCUGGUGCAGAAGAAGGACGUGGCCAACGACUCCUGGGUCCCAGUGUCCGCAUCUCACAAGAAGCUGAGUCUGAUGGCCCUGUACCUGAUGGAGGGCAUCCAGUACAUGUUCCGGGUCGCAGCAGAGAACCAGUUUGGAAGAAGUGACUUUGUGACCACCAGGACCCCCAUCAAGGCCCUGGACCCGCUCUAUCCGCCUGGGCCGCCCAAGAACCUGCAUCACACCGACGCUGAGAAGACCGAGGUGUGGUUACAGUGGGAGUGGCCCGAGCGCACAGGAGGCAGUGAAGUCACUGGUUUCAUCGUGGAGCACCAGGAGGAAGGCCAGCCGGACUGGGUCACCUUCAAGACCGUGACCUCAGAAAAGGCCCAUGUUACUGGCCUGGUGGAAGGGAAGACCUACCGCUUCAGAGUCAAGGCCCAGAACGCCAUCGGAGUGAGCCGGCCAGAUACCAGUGUGCCAGUGACCUGUCAGGAGAAGACCCAGCCCCCGACCAUCGAGGUGGAUGUGAAGCUGAUUGAGGGUCUGGUGAUUAAAGCCGGCGGCACCAUCGUCUUGCCAGCUCGCAUGACUGGGAUCCCCAUGCCCACGGCCAAAUGGAGCAGUGACGGGAAGGAGAUGGUGUCUGAAGGUCGCGUUGCUGUGGAGACGCUGGGCUGCAACACUCUUCUGACCAUCAGCGAGUGCCAGCGCGGCGACACAGGAGAGUACAUCCUGUCUGCGUCCAACCCGGCCGGCUCCAAGAGCGUGGCACUGCACGUGAGCGUGCUGGCUGUGCCUGGGCCACCCGUGGGCCCUGUCAACAUCCUUGAGGUCACGCCCGAGUUCAUGAUGGUACAGUGGCGCGCGCCCAAGGACGACGGCGGCUCGCCCAUCAUGAGCUACGUGGUGGAGAAGAAAGACGUGAAGAAGCCAUGGGAGCCCUGGAGUGUGGUGAGCUCGGGCAGCACCGUCACCAAAGCCAAAGUGUCUCGUCUGGAAAAAGGUCGCGAGUACAUCGUCCGUGUGCGUGCAGAGAACCGCAUCGGCAUCGGUGCGCCGCUGGAGAGCGCUCCUACCGUGGCCAAACACAUGUUCUACCCACCAGGAGCACCCGGCCCGCCAGAGUGCUCUGACAUCACAGAGAACGCCGUCACCAUAGAGUGGGCCCUGCCCGAGCACGACGGCGGCUCCCCCAUCAGCGGAUACGUGGUGGAGCGUCGUGAGAUGACGGGGAAAUGGAUCCGCGUCAACAAGACUCCGGUGCUCGACCUGCGCUACCGCGUCUCUGGCCUCCUGGAAGGAAACACCUACGAGUUCAGAGUCUUCGCUGAGAAUGUGGCUGGUAUCAGUGAGCCCUCGGCCUCCUCUGAGCCGGUGAAAGCAGCCCGUGCCCUGAGCCGCCCCGGCCCACCAGGGAACCUCAAGCUUAAAGACUGGAGCAAGUCAUACGCUGACAUCUGCUGGACCAAACCCACACGCGACGGCGGCAGCCCGGUGCUGGGCUACGUGGUGGAGGUGCAGAAGUCCGGCUCUGCGCAGUGGGACCGUAUCAACAAGGACCUCCUAAAAUACUGCGCCUUCCGAGUCCCGGGUCUCCUGGAGGGGCUGGAGUACCGCAUCCGUGUCCGAGCCACCAACCUGAUCGGGGACAGCGAGCCGCGAGAGCUGCCAGACAAAGUCCUGGCCAAAGACAUCCUGGUGCCGCCCGAGGUGGUGGUGGACGCCUCCUGCAGAGACUCUCUCACCGUGAGAGCCGGACAGAUAAUUAACCUAAUCACCCGAGUCAAAGGCCGACCAGAUCCUGAGAUCACCUGGACCAAAGACGCCCGCGCUCUGGCCCGCGACAGGCGCACCGACUUCAUCAACAACUAUCCGCUGUGCGAGCUUGUCAUCAACGACGCUGUGCGCGCCGACUACGGCAAGUACGCCAUUGUGGCCAAGAACAGCAGUGGCCAGGCCCAAGCCACGGUCAUCGUCAACGUCCUGGACACGCCCGGGAUCUGCCAGAACAUCAAAGUCACCUACGUCACCAAGAACUCUUGCAUGGUGUCCUGGGAAAAUCCUGAGGACAACGGCGGCACCGAGAUCACGCAGUUCACAGUGGAGUGCCGUCAGCCGAGUCAGAGGAACUGGACGCUGGUCGCCAAAGACUGCACCAAGCGGCAGCUCAAGGCGCCCCUCACCGAGGGCUGCGAGUACUUCUUCAGGGUUAGCGCCGAGAACAAGAUCGGCUUAGGCCCCGCCCUGGAGUCCAAGAACGCAGUGCUGGCCGUGGACCCCAUCGAAAAGCCAGGAGAGCCACAGGACUUCACCAUCGCCGAGAUCGGAAAGACCUUCUGUUUCCUGAAGUGGAGGAAACCAGACUACGACGGCGGCAGCAAAAACCUUUGCUACCAUGUGGAGAAGAAGCCCAAGGAGGCAGAGGAGUGGGAGCGCGUCCACAAGGGGGCGAUGAAGGAGACCUACUUCAUGGCCGACAGGUGCAUAGAAAACCAGGUCUACCAGUUCCGCGUCCAGACAAAGAACGAGGGCGGUGAGAGCGGCUGGGUCACCACGGCUGAGGUGCUGGUGAAGGAGCAGAUCCUGGCUCCGUCCGUGACCGUCAAACCCGCUGAGUUGCUGGUGGUGAAGGCCGGGGACUCGCUGACUCUGGAGGCCACGGUGCAAGGCAAGCCAACGCCGGAGCUGAAGUGGACCAAAGACGAAAGCACCAGUGAGAUCCGCCGUGGCGUGCGUCACCGACUGGAGGCCGGCGCCGACUUCUCCAAACUCUUCAUCACUGCUGCGCGCCGCACAGACAGCGGCACGUACAACGUCACCGUCACCAACUCUGCGGGCACUGCCACCGGCCACGCCCACCUCAAUGUACUGGACCGCCCCGGUGAGGUGCGCGACCUCACGGUGUCUGGGGUGACCACCGACCGCUGCAACCUGGCCUGGGAAAUUCCAGAGGACAACGGAGGCUGCGACAUCUACAACUACAUCAUCGAGAAGUGCGACACAAAGAGAGGCGUCUGGAGCGUCCACUCCAACGCCAUCAUCACCAACAAGGCUGUUGUGACCCGGCUGACAGAGGGUAACCAGUACCUGUUCCGAGUCCGUGCUGAGAACAAGAUGGGUCCUGGUCCCGCGGUGGAGAGCCAGUCCAUCGUGGCCGGAACACAGUUCAGUGUGCCCAGUACCCCUGAUGCCCCGGAGGUCACCAAGAUAUCCAAGGAGGAGAUGACUGUGGAAUGGUGCGAGCCGGAGCGUGACGGCGGGAAGAUCAUCAGCGGGUAUCUGCUGGAGAAACGUGAGGAGCAUGCGGUGCGUUGGUCCCCGGUCAACAAGGAGACCGUCCCAGGCACACGCCUCACCGUCACCGGCCUGCUGCCCCUGCACGAGUACCAGUACAGGGUCAAGGCUGUCAACGAGAUCGGGGUCAGCCCGGCCAGCAAGCCCUCCAGGGCCAUCACCGCCAAGGACUCCGUGGAGCCCCCCGCGGCGCCCACGGCCCUCAAAGUCCUGGACAGCACACGCAGCUCGGUGACCCUGGGCUGGGUGAAGCCCGUAUCUGACGGCGGCGCACCCCUGAUCGGGUACGUGGUGGAGAUGAGGCUUCAGGGCAGUAAGAAGGACGAGGGCUGGAAGCGCUGCAACGUGGCGGCGCAACUGACGGCAUGCGACUUCACCGUGUCCAGCCUCAACCACGAGCUGCUGUACGAGUUCAGAGUCUCCGCCCAGAACCAGGUGGGAAUGAGCCCACCCUGCGACCUCCCCGAGCCCGUCAUCCCCAAGGACAUCCUGUCGGCCCCAGAGAUCGAGCUGGAUGCCGCUCUGAAGCAGGGGCUGGUGGUGCGUGCUGGCUGCCCCAUCCGCCUGGUCGCCACCAUCAGGGGGCGCCCUCAUCCCGAGGUGUCGUGGCGCCGCAUGGGCAUCGACAACGUGGUGAGAAAAGGUCGUGUGGAUCUCAUCGACUCCAUGACCUUCCUCCUGAUCCCAGACUCCACUAGAGACGACUCGGGCAAGUACUGCCUGACCCUGCGCAGCCCGGCUGGGGAAAAGGCCGUGUUCGUAGCCGUCAAAGUCCUCGACACGCCGGGGCCAGUGCAGAACAUAGAGGCCUCUGAGAUUAAGCAGACGACUAUGGUUCUGUCGUGGAACCCCCCGGAGGUGGACGGUGGAAGUGAAAUCCUGCACUACACUGUAGAGAAACGUCCAAUCGACAAAAAGACCUGGGCCAUGGUCAAAGACGAGGUCUUAGCGGACCAGGUCCCCUUCAAGGUCACAGGCCUUCAGUCUGGCACCGAGUACUACUUCAGAAUCACAGCGGUCAACCAGUACGGCCCUGGAGUCCACCGCAUUUCCCCCACGUCCUACAUGCCCUCCGACCCUGUCAGUAAGCCUGACCCGUGUGAGCGUGUGGAGAUCCUGGAGGUGACCCGCACUAACGCCAUGCUGGCCUGGGUCAAACCACUCAGAGACGGAGGAGCCAAGAUUGAUGGAUACGUCAUUGAGUACCAGGAGCUGACGCCUCCACCUGCACCAGAACCAGAACCAGAACCAGCAGCAGAACCAACAGAGGGUGAAGAGGGUGCUGAAGCCACGCCCGCUCCCCCUCCCCCUCUUCCUGUGGUGGAGGAAUAUGACGAUGAGGAGGAGGAGGACAAGGAACCGAAGGAGGAACCAUGGAACGCCUACACAACCGUGAAGGGCCUGAGCGCCAGUGUGGGCGGCCUCAAAGAAGGGAAACUCUACCGCUUCAGGGUCGCUGCCAAGAACAUUAUGGGACUGAGCUCCUUCACCGAGACCAGGGAGACCGUGGAGGCCAAGGAGCUGAAAUUGGAGCCUAAGAUCGUGAUGGCGGAGACGGCGAGCGCCCGAGCCGGUGCGAAGCUGCGCGUGGAGGCUGUGGUCUCUGGGAAACCUGCCCCGGUCUGUAAGUGGAAACGGGGAGAUCUGGCCGUGGUGCCGUCCAGCCGCCUGGCAGUCCUGCAGUCUGCCAACCUGUGCGUGCUCAUCAUCAAGGACGUGUCGCGUCUGGACAGCGGCGAGUACACUCUGGUGGCCGAGAACUCCUCUGGAACCAUCAGCCAGGCGCUCAAGAUCGUCAUCCAAGACAUCCCCGGCCCGCCCGAGGGCCCGGUCACCAUCUCGGACAUCGACGCCGACGCCUGCUCGCUGGCCUGGUCCAAACCGCUGGAGGAUGGCGGCAGUAACAUCACCAACUACGUGGUGGAGAAGUGCGACGUCACCCGAGGAGACUGGGUCAACGCCGUGUCGUCCUGCCCCAAGACCAACACCCGCCUGGGAAAACUCGUUCCCGGCAAGGAGUACGCGUUCAGGAUCCGGGCGGAGAAUCGCUACGGUGUUUCUGACCCGGUGCAGUCCGAGCGUAUGGUGGCCAAGUUCCCCUUCGACGUGCCGACUGAGCCCCUCAACUGCCGCAUCAACAAGACCAACAAAGACUGCAUGUUUGUGGCGUGGGACCGGCCAGAGAGCGACGGUGGCAGCCCCAUCACCGGGUACUACAUCGAGAGGAAGGAGCGCAACAGUCUGCUGUGGGUCAAAGCCAACGACACCGUGGUGCGCACCACAGAGUACCCCUGCGCCGGCCUCAUCGAGGGCCUGGAGUACACCUUCAGGGUCUCCGCCAUCAACCGCGCUGGCCAGGGCAAAGCCAGUGUCAAGACCGACUUUGUGACCGCCAGAACCCCAGUCGACACGCCUGGGAAACCCGAGGUGCUGGACGUGACCAAGAACUCUGUGACGCUGGUCUGGACCCGACCUAAGAACGAUGGCGGGUCGAAGCUGGUGGGGUACUAUGUGGAGAGCUGCAGGGUCCCGGGUGAGACCUGGCUCCGCUGUAACACCAGCUCCCAGAACUGCCCCCGCGAGGAGUACACUGUGACCGGCCUGGAGCGUGACCUGUCCUACUCCUUCAGGGUCAUCGCCAAGACCGCGGUCAACAUCAGCAAACCCUCUGAGCCCAGCGACCCAGUGCUGGUGCAGGCGGAGAACGUUCCGCCUCGUAUUGAGCUGAACGCCCGUAUGCAGAAGGGCUUUAGGGUGAAGGCUGGCUCCCCUCUGCUGCUGGAGGCCGAGGUCUUCGGGAAGCCCAUGCCACGGGUCACAUGGUCCCACGGCGACCGCACUCUUAAGAGCGGCCCCGGUCACGUGAUCACACAUGCGCGACAUCACUUCCAGCUGGAGAUGAGCGAUGUCACCAAAGAACACAGCGGCACCUACAUCCUGCGCGCAGACAACGCCAGCGGCAACAAGACGGUCGAGGUGCAGGUCGUGGUGCUCGAUGUCCCAGGAGCUCCUGCCUCCUCAUCCUUCGUUGACGUCACUUCCUCCAGUGUGAAGCUGGCCUGGACCCCCCCUGUGCAGGAUGGGGGUGCCCCUCUGAAGAACUACAUUGUGGACAAACGGGAGACGAGCCGAGCCGAGUGGGCCCAGGUCACGGCCAAAGUGAUGGCCGACAGCCCUGAGUUCACCGUGGGUCGUCUGAUUGAGGGCCAGGAAUACCAAUUCAGGAUUCGAGCUGAGAACGUGUGGGGAGUGGGAGACGCCCUGGUCACUGGGCCAGUCAUCGCCAAGAACCCCUACACCGUGCCCGGACCCUGCGAGGCCCCUGUGGUCACCAACGUGCAGAAGGACCGCAUGACGGUGAGCUGGAAGGAGCCGGCGGACGACGGUUGCUCCGCGAUCCUCGGCUUCUUACUGGAGAAGAAAGAAACAAAGGAGAUAAACUGGUCCAAGCUGAACCGCAAACCCCUGACCGAGCGCUCCCUGGAGGUCGGCGCGCUGGUCGAGGGCACGGAGUACGAGUUCAGGGUCAUCGCCGUCAACAUCGCUGGCUCCGGCAAACCCAGCGAGGCGUCUGUGGGAGCCACCGCCAUGAACCCCAUCACCGUCCCUGGCCCGGUGCAGAAUCCAGUCGUCACUGAUACCUCUGACUCUACCCUGAGUGUGUCUUGGGGCGCCCCGGCCAGCUCGGGAGGCAGUCCCGUGCUCGGGUAUCUGGUGGAGUCCAAACGCUGCGACGCAAAUGACUGGAUCCGUUGCAACGUUCCGCGGAACCUGCAGGACACCAGCUACGUAAUCCAGAACCUGCUGCACCUGUCGCAGUACCAGGUGCGCGUCUCUGCCGUCAACAAAGUUGGCUUCGGAGAGGCGGUCGAGGUCCCCGACAAGCACACCGCCAAGGACAUCAUCGUGGCCCCAGAGGCCGAGCUAAGCGCUGAACUGAAGGACGGGCUGCAGCUCACCGCUGGCCAGACCAUGAAACUCACUGCAACCUAUAAGGGACGCCCCACCCCCCGAGUCACAUGGGCCAAGAUGAACUCCAACCUGAAAGACCGGCAGGGCGCGGUCAUCAAGACCACACCCACCGAGGCCUCAGUCAUUGUGGAGAACGUCAACCGCUAUGACGGCGGGAAAUACAUCCUGAACCUGGAGAGCUCCGCCGGCAUGAAGAUGUACACGGCCAUCGUCAAGGUCUUAGACACACCUGGGCCUCCUGGGAACAUCUCGGUGAAGGGCACGACCAAAGACUCGGCAGAGCUGUUCUGGGACGUCCCGCAGCUGGAUGGAGGCAGCGAGGUAACGCACUACGUGGUGGAAAAACGCGACACGGAGAGAAAGGCCUGGUCCAUUGUGUCCAAAGACUGCGCUAAAACUAUCUUCAAAGUCCAAGACCUGGAGUCCGGACGCAACUACAGCUUCAGAGUCUCUGCCGUCAAUGCCCUGGGACAGGGCGAGAGCUGCGAGACUGCUGACGCAGUGAAGGCCUCAGAGGAGCCCGGUCCCGUCAUGGACUUUAAAACCCUCCUGGUGACCCGGGACUCCUGCACUCUGAGCUGGAAGAAACCUCUGACAGACGGAGGUUCCCGCAUCACCUGCUACGUCCUGGAGGUCCUGAACGGAGAGGACAAAUACAAGGAACUCAUGAGAUCCAAGAACAUGCAGUUCAGCGCUAAAGACCUGAUCCAGGGCCGAGAGUACAACUACAGAGUGAAAGCCGUCAACGACACGGGAGAGGGACCUGCCAAAGACCUCACCGUGACUGCCAAAGACCAGAUCAUCCUUCCCAGCCUUGACUUGCGAGACCUUCCCAACAUGGUGUACGUGGCCAAAGAAGGAUCCACGGUGCGUCUGAAGAUCCCGGUGAUCGGCAAGCCCACGCCCAAGGUGACCUGGAAGAAGGGAGACGACGAAGACCUCACGGACUCGGGCCGAGUUUGUGCCGAAGCCACCGCCGUCAACACUACACUGCUGAUCCGCGACUGUCAACGCAGCGAUGCUUCUAAAUACGUGAUCACCCUGAAGAGCAGCGCUGGAACCAAGGAGUCCACUAUCUUUAUCAGGGUCGUGGGUAAACCAGGCAUCCCCAUUGGACCGGUGAAGUUCAAAGAGGUGACAGCAGAUGGCGCGACCCUCCGCUGGGGUGCGCCCAAAGACGACGGCGGGUCAGAGAUCACCAACUACAUCCUGGAGAAGCGUGACUCGGUCACCAACAUGUGGGUCACCGUGUCGUCUACGGUGGAGACCAACAGCUGCCGCGUCACGGGUCUCCACGAGGGGACGGAGUACAUAUUCAGGGUCAGCGCUGAGAACAAGUACGGCGUGGGGGAGGGGCUUAAGUCAGACCCCUGUGUGGCCAAGCACCCCUUCAACGUCCCGGAUGCUCCUCCUCCUCCUCAGGUCAUGAGUAUGAGACACAACGUGGCUUAUCUGGCCUGGAACGACCCGAGGAAGACCGGCGGGUCUCCCAUCACAGGGUACUUUGUGGAGUUCAAAGAGAGGAACAGCAUGCUGUGGAAGCGUACCAGCACCGCAGCAGUUCGUAUGAAGGAGCACCAGGUGACCGGAUUCACAGAGGGCCUGGAGUACGAGUUCAGGGUCAUGGCUGUGAACCUGGCAGGAACCGGCAGGCCCAGUGCUCCCACCGACCCACAGGUGGCCCUGGACCCCAUUGACCCGCCUGGGAAGCCGGACGUGGUCUCCAUCACCCGCAGCACAGUGACGCUGCAGUGGGUGGAGCCUCUCUCUGACGGUGGCCACAGACUCACUGGGUACAUCGUGGAGCGCAGAGACCUCCCCUCCAAGAUCUGGAACAAGUGCAACACGGUGAACGUGGUGGAUCCAGCCUACACCGUCACAGAUCUCCAGGAGGGCUGCAAGUACGAGUUCAGGAUCAGAGCCAAGAACUCUGCCGGAGCUCUGAGUCCUCCAUCCGAGCAGACAGACACCAUCAUCUGCACAGACGAGUAUGCUGCUCCCACUAUCAUCAUCGAGGCUCAGGUGAAGGAAGGGCUCACGGUCAGAGCCGGUGACACCAUCGUUAUGACCGCCACCAGCAUCCAGGGCAAACCAGCGCCAACAUCCUCCUGGUCCAAGGGCGGGAAGGACUUCAAGCCCUCUGACAUUGUGUUGAUUGAGGCCACCAAAACCUCCUCCACGCUGUCCAUCAAGUAUGCCAGUCGCAAAGACUCCGGCGAUUACGUCAUCACCGCCACCAACCCCUUUGGAGCCAAGGACGAGAUUGUAAGCGUGAAGGUUCUGGACGUGCCCUCAGCGCCUGGCCCCAUCGAGUGCAGUGGGGUGUCCUCCGAGAAGGUGAACCUCGCCUGGUCGGCCCCUGUAGAAGACGGUGGGGCCCCCAUCAAACACUACCUCCUGGAGAAGAGGGAGACCAGCCGGCUGAUGUGGACCGUCCUGGAGAACGAGGUCCUGGACUGUCACUACGUCGCCCACAAACUUAUCCAAGGAAACGAGUACUUCUUCAGAGUCCGCGCCAUCAACCAGUACGGCGCCAGCGAGCCCGCCCACUCCGAGGCAGUCAAGAUGGUCGACCGCUACGGACCUCCCGGCCCUCCCUCCAAACCCGAGGUGGAGAAGGCGGACGGUACCUCUGCCACGGUGACCUGGCGCCGCCCCACUGACGAUGGCGGCAGUGACAUCAUCGGUUACUGCGUGGAGAAGAAGGAGAAGAAGGGCAUGCGCUGGGUGCGCGCCUCUAAGAAGCCAGUGACCGAGCUGAGCUUCCAGGCCGGCGGGCUGACUCAGGGCAUGGAAUACGAGUUCAGGGUUCUGGCUGAGAACCGCGCUGGCUUUGGCGAGCCAAGCGAGGCAUCCAUGCCCGUGCUGAUUGUUGUGGCAGCCUUCCCUCCCGGCCCGCCAGUCAACCCGAGAGUCACCGACACAACCAAGACCACGGCCACUCUGAACUGGGGCAAACCCCUGGACAACGGUGGCCUGGAGGUGACCGGUUACAUCAUUGAGCACCGCAAAGACGGCGCAGAGGAGUGGGUGAAGGACACGCCCUCCUCGCCGCUGCGCAUCACUGAGUUUGUGGUCCCGAGCCUCGAGACUGCGGCCAAAUACACUUUCCGCAUCACUGCAGUGAACGGCAAAGGCCCCGGCGAGCCAGCUGAGACGUCCGAGCCUGUGGAGGUCCUGGAGCGUGCAGCGGAGCCCGAGUUUGAGCUUGACGUGGAGCUGCGUCGCACUCUGGUGGUGCGCGCUGGCUGCUCCAUACGUAUGUUUGUGCCGAUCAAAGGUCGUCCCUCUCCAACCGUCACCUGGACCAAAGAAGGUGCCGCUGUGACUCGAGCGGUGAUCGACAGCACCGAGUCCUUCACCAUGCUGCUGAUCCCUGAGAGCAGCCGCAACGACGCAGGCAAAUACUUGCUGACGCUGGAGAACGGCUCAGGAUCCAAGACCGCUGAGGUGCACGUGCGCGUGCUGGACUCACCCGGGCCGCCUAUUAACCUAAAACCACUGAAGAUUGACAAAGACAGCAUCACGCUGAGCUGGGAGGCGCCGCUGGUGGAUGGAGGUGCCAAAAUCACCAACUACAUCAUCGAGAAGCGCGAGUCGACGCGAAAGGCCUUUGCCACCUGCGUCACACACUGCUCAGCCACCUCUGCCUGCAUCGCCGAGCUCGGCGAGGGCUGUGAGUACUACUUCAGAGUCUCCGCCGAGAACGAGUAUGGCAUCGGCGAGGCGGUCGAGACCUCUGACCCCGUCCGAGCCUCCCAGGCCCCCACCCCUCCCCCCAGCGUCAUCCCCACUGACAUCACUAAGAACUCUGUCAGCCUGGCCUGGGCAAGACCCAAACACGAUGGCGGCAGCCGCAUCACGGGAUACGUCCUGGAGGCCCAGAAGAAGGGCACGGACCAGUGGGCGCAUGUGACCACAGUGAAGACGCUAGACUUCACCGUCAAGAACCUGAAUGAGGGCGAGGAGUAUGUGUUCCGGGUAAUGGCGGUUAACCACUCCGGCCGUAGCUUGCCGCGGGAGAGCAAACCCGUCAUGGUGAAGGAGGCCACCACUCUGCCCGAGUUUGACCUGCGCGGCGUGUGCCAGAAGACAGUGAUUGCCAAAGCAGGAGAUAACAUUAAAGUGGAGAUACCUGUGAUGGGCCGGCCACGCCCCACCGUAUCUUGGCAGAAGGAUGGUGCCACGCUCAAACUGUCGCAGAGAAUUAACGCUGAGUCGACCGGCGCCACUGUGGUGCUGAGUAUCGGAGAGUGUAAUCGCGGCGACGCCGGUAUCUACACCAUGACAGGAAAAAACAUAGUGGGCAGUGUGUCUGAGCAGCUUGUGGUUAAAGUGCACGACGUGCCGGGGCCGCCCAAGGGACCGGUGAAGAUUGAGGAGAUCUCCAGGACCUUCUGUCUCUUCUCCUGGGAGCCUCCGGAGAACGACGGUGGAGUCCCCAUCAACAACUACGUUGUGGAGAUCCGCGACACCACGACCCAAACCUGGAUCGAACUGUCAGCCACCAUCAUCCGCACGGCCUUCAAGGCAGUGCGUCUCAACACAGGGUCCGAGUACCAGUUCAGGGUUAAAGCCAAGAACCGCUACGGCGCCGGCCCACCCAUCACCUCAUCCUCUGUGGUGGCCGCCUAUCCCUUCAAAGCCCCCGGCCCCCCUGGUACUCCUCAGGUUGUGGCCUUCACCAAAGACUCCAUCACCGUGGGCUGGAAUGAGCCUGUGGCGGACGGCGGCAGCGAGGUGCUUGGAUAUCACGUGGAGCGCAAAGAGCGCAGCAGCAUCAUGUGGUCUAAGAUCAGUGCUGGUAUGGUCAAAGGUAACUUGUUCAAGACCAGCGGGCUUGAGGACGGCGUGGCCUACGAGUUCAGAGUCACUGCAGAGAAUCUGGCUGGCAUCGGUAAGCCCAGCAAAGCCUCAGAACCCAUCCUGGCCCUGGACCCCAUCGAUCCGCCCGGUGAGCCCGAGCCAGUGUUUGUCAAUAAGAAUGUCAUCACCAUCCAGUGGACCAAACCUGAGUACGAUGGUGGCUUCAAGAUUACCGGCUACACAGUGGAGAAGAAGGAGCUGCCAGACGGCCGCUGGAUCCGAGCAAACUUUACCAACAUUGUGGACACAACCUUCACAGUUAGUGGUCUAACGCAGGACGCCGCCUACGCCUUCAGGAUCAUCGCCCGCAACGCAGUGGGGGCUGUGAGUCUGCCAUCCGACCCCUCAGCUUCUAUCACAUGCCGCGACGACAUCGUGGAGCCGCGCAUCAUGGUGGACGCCGUGUUCAAAGACGUGGUGCAGCUGAAGGCUGGCGAGUCCUUUAAACUGGACGCAGAUGUGGCUGGCCAGCCCACACCCUCCAUGGUCUGGAGCAAAAAUGGCAAAGAAGUGGAGAACACGCUGAAGCUGGAGGUGCGCUUCACUGAACUAACAACGACUCUCACCAACAAAGACUCCAUUCGGGCCGAUGGCGGUGAGUUUGUCCUCACCGCCACCAACAAGGGCGGCUUCGCCAAACAUAUCUUCAAGGUGAAGGUGCUGGACAGGCCAGGGCCCCCGCUUGGGCCGCUCAAAGUGUCUGAUGUCACGGCCGAUAACUGCAUUGUCAGCUGGGCUCCUCCAGCCGACGACGGAGGUGCCGACAUCGAGGGGUACGUGGUGGAGAAGCGUGAGUCGAGUCGUUUGGUAUGGACCAAUGUGGCCUCGGGCCUGAAGGGCACAGAGCUCAAAGUCACCAAACUGCUCAAAGGAAACGAGUACAUCUUCCGGGUCUUGGCAGUAAACAAGUACGGGCACGGUGAGGGGCUGGACUCCGACCCCAUCAUUGCUGAUAACCCCUACACUGUCCCUGCCCCGCCAGAGAGCCCCGAGGUCACAGCUGUCACCAAAGACUCCAUGGUGCUGAUGUGGCAGGAGCCCAAGAGCGACGGCGGGACGCCCAUCACACACUACAAUGUGGAGCGCAAAGACCGCGCCAGCCUGCGCUGGGUCAAAUGCAACAAGCGCAGAGUGAAGGAGCUGCAGUUCCGGAUUGGCGGGCUGCUGGACGGCCACAUGUACGAGUUCAGAGUGACCGCUGAGAAUGCUGCUGGUGUGAGCCCGCCGAGCAUUUCCAGCGCCUUCCAAAAGGCAACGGACGCACUGUACGCCCCAGCCGCUCCCUGCAAUCCCCGAGUCCUGGACACCACUCGCUCCUCCAUCACCGUGGCCUGGAACAAACCGCUGUACGACGGCGGCUCUGAGGUCACAGGAUACGUGGUGGAGACCUGCGUCCCAUGUGAGAAGGAAGAGGACGAGGAGUGGAGCAUCCGCACCCCAGCCGAGGGGCUGCUGGCGACCAGCUUCACCAUUGUGGACCUGAAGGAGAACCAGGAGUAUAAAGUGCAGAUUUCUGCCGUAAACAGUGAAGGCAUGGGCGAGGCCGCGACAGUGCCAGAGAACCCCAAAGCAGAAGAUCGUCUUCUACCGCCCGAACUCGACUUGGACGCGGAGCUGCGUAAGGUCGUGAGCCUCAGAGCCUGCUGCUCCCUGCGUCUGUUUGUUCCCAUCCGAGGCCGACCCGCGCCCACCGUCAAGUGGAGCAAAGAGGAUGGCGAGCCUGUGGAGCGCGCCACCAUCGACACCACCAGCUCCUACACGUCCUUCGUCAUCAGCAACGUCAACCGCUUUGACAGCGGCAAGUACAACCUAACCGUAGAGAACAGCUCGGGCGCCAAGACCGUCACUGUGCAAGUGCGUGUCCUGGACACGCCCAGCGCGCCACAAGCCCUUAAGAUUGCCACGGUAACGAAUACGUCCGUGACUCUAACCUGGGAACCCCCUGCCAAUGACGGCGGCGUCAAGAUCAAGAAUUACAUUGUGGAAAAGCGUGAGUCGACGCGAAAAGCCUAUGCCACAGUCAACGCUAACUGCCACAGCAACACGUUCACCAUCGACCAACUGCUGGAGGGAUGCAACUACUACUUCAGGGUACUGGCAGAGAACGAGUACGGCAUCGGCCUGCCCAUCGAAACCAUUGAGUCUGUGAAGGUGUCGGAGAAACCUCAGCCUCCGGGAAAGAUCAUCCUCAAAGACGUGACCAAGAGCAGCGUGACCCUGACCUGGGACAAGCCGUCCCACGAUGGAGGCUCCCGAGUCGGCUGCUAUGUGGUGGAUGCUAUGGCUAAAGGGCAGGACAAAUGGAGUCAGGCAGUGAUUGUGAAGGAGACCGAGGCCACCAUCAGCAACCUGAACGCCGGGGAGGAGUACACGUUCCGGGUCUCAGCCCGUAACGAGAAGGGCACGAGCGACCCGCGACAGAUCGGCGUGCCGGUUAUUGUCAAAGACCUGGUCAUUGCACCCGAUCUCAAGAUGCUCUUCAACACCUUCAGUGUCCGAGCCGGAGAAGACCUCUCUAUCGACAUCCCAUAUGUGGCCCGACCCAAAGCCGCUAUCUCCUGGGUGAAAGACGCCCUGCCAAUGAAGAGGACCACCAGAGUCAACUUCAGCGCGACCGAAACCCUGCUCAGCUUGAACAUCAAAGAGGCUUGCCGUGAGGACGUGGGCCAUUACAUCAUAACACUGACCAACACGGCUGGGGAAACCAAGGCUGAGCUGAGCGUGGUGGUCCUGGACAAGCCAGGGCAGCCCUCCGGCCCGGUCAAAGUGGUGGAGGUGACGUCAAACAGCAUCACUGUGUCCUGGAGCCGACCCGAGUAUGAGGGCGGCUGCACUGUCAAGCAUUACAUCGUGGAGAAGAGGGACACAUCCACAAACGUCUGGACCAUGGUGUGUCCUAACCUCGCCCGCACCCAAGUCAAGGCCGGCAGGCUGAAGACCGGCUCCGAGUACCAGUUCAGGAUCACCGCAGAAAACCGAUACGGAAAAGGCCCAGCACUAUUGUCUGAGUGCAUCACUGCGCAGUACCCCUACAAGCUGCCAGGACCUCCAGGAACCCCAUCCAUCGCGGCCUGCACCAAAGACACGAUGGUUGUGGCCUGGAACGAGCCUGUGAACGACGGCGGAUCAACUGUGCUUGGUUAUCACCUGGAGCGUAAAGAGCGGAACAGCAUCUUGUGGGACAAGCUCAACAGAUCCCUGAUCACCGAGCAAACCUUCAAGACCCGGGUGGAACCAGGCCUUGAGUACGAGUACCGCGUCUACGCCCAGAACAUUGUAGGCAUUGGCAAAGUCAGCAAAGUGUGCGAAGGCGUCGUGGCCCGGGAUCCUUGCGACCCGCCCGGAACUCCCGAGGCCACAAAAAUCACCAAGGACUCUGUGACCAUCGCCUGGACCAAACCCGAGUACGACGGCGGAGCCAAAGUCACUGGUUACAUUGUGGAGAAGAAGGAGCUGCCCGAAGGCCGCUGGCUCAAGGCCAACUUCACCAACGUCAUCGAGACUGAGUACGUGGCCACCGGCCUGGUGCUCGAUAACCAGUAUGAGUUCAGGGUCAUCGCUCGAAACGCAGCUGGAGUAUUCAGUUUACCGUCCUACAGCUCUGGCCCGAUCACUGCCAAAGACGAGAUUGAGCCUCCACGCCUCAGCAUCGACCCAGAGUUCACACAGACUCUGGUCGUCAACGCAGGAGAUAACUUCAAGAUUGAUGCAGACGUCUACGGCAAACCGCUGCCGUCCAUCCACUGGAUGAUGGGAGAGCAGGAGCUCGGCAACACCAUUCACCGGGAGAUCAAGAACCAGCCCAACAAGGCCCUCAUUGCCAUCAAAGAGGCCAAGCUGUCGGACGGCGGAGAGUACACCCUUCUGCUAAAGAACCCUGGCGGGGAGAAGGCCGUGACGGUGAAUGUGGUGGUGCUGGACAAGCCUGGCCAGCCUCAAGGACCGGUGUUUGUGACCGGAGUCAUGAGCGACCGCUGCUGCAUUGCCUGGAAAGCUCCUCUUCAAGACGGUGGCUCAAAGAUCUCCCACUAUGUGGUGGAGCGGCGGGAGACCAGCCGUCUGGUCUGGACCGUGAUCGAUACCAAGGUAGAGAACAUCUGCCUGAAGGUCACCAAACUGAUGGAAGGAGAUGAGUAUAUCUUCAGGAUUCGAGCGGUGAACCAGUAUGGCACAGGAGCACCCCUGGAAUCUGCCCCGGUACGCAUCAAAGACCCAUACCUCCCUCCAGGAGCACCCAAAGCCCUGGACGUCUCAGACAUCAAAAAGGACUCCGUGAUGCUGGCCUGGGAGGCGCCCUCUGAAGAUGGUGGUUUGCCCAUCACCAAUUACAUAAUUGAGAAACAUGACAAAGACGGCGUGCGCUGGACACGCUGUAACCGCUCCACUGUCACUGACCUCAGCUUCCGAGUCCCCGGUCUUAUGGAAAGUCACAUGUACGAGUUCAGAGUCGUGGCUGAAAAUGCCAUUGGCGUCGGAGAGGCCAGUUCUCCCACCGUCUUUUUCAAAGCAGUGGACCCAGUGUUCAAACCGGGUCCUCCGCACAAUCCUAGAGUCCUGGAUACCUCCAAGUCCACCGUGUCCCUGUCCUGGUCCAAACCGACGUGUGAUGGCGGCUGUGAGAUUCAGUCGUACAUCGUGGAGUGCUGUGUGACCACAGCUCCAAUAGAACCAGAGCCAGAGGCUGAGGCUCCGGUCGAGGAGGCUGCCACCCCCGAUGCUCCAGCUGAAGAAUGGGUCAUGUGCACCCCACCUGCCGGGAUCAAACGUACCAAAUAUGAGGUGACGAACCUGAAGGAGAACCAGCACUACAAGUUCAGAGUGUGCGCCGUAAACAAAGUGGGCGUGGGUGAAGCCGCCGACGUCAUGGGGGUCAUUGUGGCUCAGGACAAACUGGAGGAGCCCGACCUGGACAUCGACCCGGAGCUCCGCAACAUUGUCUCCAUCAAAGCUGGAGCUUCUCUCCGACUCUUCAUCCCCAUCAAAGGCCGACCAGCGCCCGCCGUGACCUGGAGCAAAGAUGAAGCACCGCUGAAGGAGACUGCCCAAGUCGAGGUGACGACCAGCUUCACUUCUUUGGUCAUCGACAAAAUGAGCCGCAGUGACAGCGGUAAAUACUCCAUUAACGUAGAGAACGUCAGCGGAACCAAGUCCGCCUUCAUCGUGGUACGUGUACUGGACACGCCAAGUGCCCCGGCAAACCUAAAGGUCAAGGAGAUCACUAACCAGUCAGUCACGCUGGCCUGGGAACCUCCUCUUCUGGACGGAGGCUCUAAAAUCAAGAACUACAUUGUGGAAAAGCGGGAGAGCACCCGUAAGACGUACGCCGCUGUGGUCACCAACUGCCAUGCCCUCUGCUGGAAGGUGGAGCCUCUACAGGAGGGAUGCAGCUACUAUUUCAGAGUCCUGGCUGAGAAUGCUCACGGCGUGGGCCUUCCAGCCAUUAUCGUUGACCCACUGAAGGUCUCUGAAGUGCCACAGUGCCCCAAGAGCCUGAUGGUGACUGACCAGACCAAGACCAGCAUCUCCUUGGGCUGGGAGAAGCCUGAGUAUGACGGCGGCAGCAGAGUUGUGCAGUAUCUCCUUGAGGUUCAGCUCAAAGGGCAGGAGAAGUGGAAUGGAGUCAACACCUUCAAGACCAUGGAGGCAACCGUGUCCAACCUGAACCCUGGUGAGGAGUAUCUGUUCCGAGUCACUGCCAUGAAUGACAAGGGCAAGAGCGACCCACGCGUCCUGUCUGGCCCUGUCAUGACCAAAGACCUGGUGAUAGAGCCCGAUGUGCGUCCUGCCUUCAGCAACUACAGCGUCCAUGUGGGAAAAGACCUGACCGUCAACAUACCGGUGAUCGGACGACCCAAACCCCUGGUGAGCUGGUACAAAGACGGAGCACCGCUGAAGUUCACCACCCGAGUGAACAUUGUGAACACGGUGGGCAUGACCACACUCAACAUCAAAGAGGCAGCAGGAGACGACGGCGGCAUGUACACUGUCAGUGUCACCAAUACCGCUGGGAAGAAGGACACAUCUGUCGAGAUAAUUGUCCUGGACAAACCUGGCCCCCCCUCAGGCCCCGUCAAGUUCAGUGAUAUCACAACUCAGAGUGUCACUCUAUCCUGGGACCCGCCCAAACACAACGGCGGUUGUGAGAUAUCCAACUACGUCAUCCAGAAGAGAGACACCACCACCAAUGUCUGGGAGAACGUAAGCAUCAACUGGGCCAGAACAACCAUUAAAGUGACCCGACUGAAGACAGGCUCUGAGUACCAGUUCAGAAUCAUCGCUCAAAACAAGUAUGGGAAAAGCCAUGGCCUGGACUCCUCAUCCGUGGUGGCCCAGUACCCGUACAGAGAGCCUGGUCCUCCUGGCACCCCCUUCAUCGCCUCUCUAUCCCGAGACCAUCAGGUGGUGGAGUGGCACGAACCUGUGUCUGAUGGUGGCUCACCAGUGCUCGGGUAUCAUCUGGAGAGGAAGGAGCGGAACAGCAUUCUGUGGGUUAAGAUCAACAAGACUCUGAUCCACGAGCCCACCUUUAAGAGCUACCCGCUGGAGGAGGGCGUGGAGUACGAGUACCGCGCCUACGCAGAGAACAUUGUGGGAGUCGGCCGUUGCAGUAAAGUGUCUGAAGGAUGCGUAGCUCGUGACCCAUGUGACCCACCCGGCGACCCAGUGCCCAUCCAUGUCACCAAAGACACUAUUGUGAUUCAGUGGACCAAACCAGAGUACGACGGUGGCAGCAACAUCACCGGCUACACCGUGGAGAGACGAGACCUGCCAGAGGGACGCUGGGUCAGAGCCAACUUCACGAAUGUCAUUGAGACCCAAUUCACUGUGACCGGUCUGACCGAGAACGCUCAGUACGACUUCAGAGUCAUCGCCAAGAAUGCAGUGGGAACAGUCAGCAAACCCUCCUUCAAUAGUGGACCUAUCACUGCCAGCGACCACUUGGAGGCACCCAAGUACUCCAUCGACCCCGAGUUCACCAAGACCAUCGUCAUCAACGCUGGAGAAACCUUUAAACUGGAUGCAGAUGUGCGUGGAAAACCUCCCCCCACAAUGCAGUGGUUCAAAGAUGAGAAACCCCUGGAAAAUACACUCAGACUAGAGAUCAAGAACUCAGAGACUCAGGCAAUGGUCAUCAUAAAAGAUUGCGUGCGUGUGGACGGCGGCAUGUUCGUGCUGCAGCUCAGUAACGAAGCCGGCACUGAGACCAUCCCCUUCCAAGUGGUGGUCCUGGACAAACCCAGUGCCUGCGAAGGGCCUCUGCAUGUGACUGGAGUGGCUGAGGACAGAUGUACGCUGGCCUGGAAGGCUCCACUGCACGAUGGCGGCAGUGCGAUCAGUCACUACGUCAUUGAGCGCAGGGAGACCAGCCGUCUGGCCUGGAGUGUGGUCUGCAGCAGCUGCACUAGCACCUGCUACAAGGUCACCAAACUGCUGGAAGGGAAUGAGUACACCUUCCGUGUGAUGGCUGUUAACAAACACGGCAUCAGCGAUGCUCUGGUGUCCGACAACAUCAUCAUGAGGACCCCCUUCCUACCCCCAGGCCCCCCCCACAUUGAGGACGUGAGUCACAUCGCUCACGAUGGAAUGACCCUCACGUGGACCGCCCCCGAUUUUAUUGGCGGCAGUGAGAUCACAGGAUACGUCAUUGAGAAGAAAGACCGGUCAGGCAUCAAGUGGACCAGGUGUAACAGGCAGAAGGUGACCGACCUGUCCUUCAGGGUGACUGGCUUGAGCACUGGGCACGAGUAUGAGUUCAAAGUGUCUGCAGAGAACGCUGUGGGAACAGGAGAACCCAGCCUGCCCACCUCUUACUACAGAGCCACCGAUCCGAAGUUCAAACCUAGUGCUCCCAGCUACAUCAACGUCGUCGACUCCACAAAGACCUCCCUCUCACUUUCCUGGGGCAAACCCGCCUCUGAUGGCGGCAGCCCGAUUCAGGGAUACAUUGUGGAGGUGUGCAAAGCCGAGGAGGAGGAGUGGACCAUGGUCACUCCUGCCACUGGCCUCAGACUGAACAAAUAUGAGAUCACAAAGCUGGCGGAGGGACAGGAGUACAAGAUCCAAGUCUGCGCUCUGAACAAACUGGGAGUGGGCGAGGCGGCUGUACUUUCUGGCACAGCAAAGACUGAAGACCGAAUGGAGGAGGCGCAGAUUCACCUGGACUCUGAGCUUAGGAAGGGCAUCGUAGUGAAAGCCGGAGCCUCGGUCAGGAUCCUCGUCCCCUUCAAGGGCCGUCCACUGCCCGAGAUCAAGUGGAGCAAAGAUGAAGGCGAGCUGCCGGAGAAGGCUGUGGUGGAGAAGGCGCUGACAUUCACUCAGCUGUCUAUCGACUCCAGCGACAGAAACGACUCUGGGAAGUACGCGCUGAGCCUGACCAACAGCAGUGGCACGGUGUCCGAGGUGGUGUCAGUCAAAGUGCUGGACACGCCCUCCGCUCCUCUAAAUCUGGUGCUCAAGGAAGUCAAAACAAACUCUGUGAUGCUAGUGUGGGAUGCGCCUCUCGUCGAUGGAGGCUCAAAAAUCAAAAACUUUGUCAUUGAUAAACGUGAAUCCACCAGAAAGGCCUACGCCAACGUCUCCACCAAAUGCACAAAGACCACCUUCAAAGUGGAAAAUCUGAUUGAGGGUGCCAUGUACUACUUCAGAGUGGCUGCAGAGAAUGAAUUUGGAGUGGGACAAACGGUGGAAACAAAGACUGCAACCAAAGCUGCUGAAGUGCCUCUGCCAGUGGGAAAAAUCUAUUUAACUGACGUAACUAAAAUGAGUGCCUCUCUGGCCUGGGAGAAACCUGAACACGAUGGAGGAAGCAGGAUCGGAGGGUACCUCAUUGAGAUGCUGCCCAAAGGAACCGAAAAGUGGGGUGUGGCCUCAAAUGUAAAAACCUGUGAGGGCACUGUGAAAGGCCUGACCGUUGGAACAGAGUACUUGUUCAGAAUCAUCGCCUACAACGACAAAGGAAAGGGCGAGCCCAAGGCCUUAGCCGCUCCCGUGGUGGCAGCUGAUAUGACGCUGGAACCCAGUAUUAAACUGCAGUUCAACAGCUACACGGUUCGCUCCGGGAAAGACCUGAAGCUGGUGUUCCCUGUGAUUGGACGCCCCAAACCCAAAGUCACUUGGACCAAAGACGGAGAGCCAUUGAAAGUCACCUCCAGAGUAAACGUGGCGAACACAGAUAGCACUACUUCCAUCUCCAUCACUGAAGCCUGUAAAGACGACCUGGGUAAAUACACUGUCACAGCGACAAAUGCAGCUGGGUCUGCCACAGAGGAAGUGUCUGUGAUCAUCCUAGACAAACCCGGAGUACCUAAAGGCCCACUGAAGGUGUUGGAAGUCAGUAACACAUUUGUGCAACUGGCCUGGGAGCCGCCCGAGUACACAGGAGGCUGCCAAGUCAAAAACUACAUUGUGGAGAAACGUGACACGACAACGCAGACAUGGCAAACUGUCACUGCGCAACUCGCAAGAACAGCUUUCAAAGUCACCAAACUGAAGACGGGUGCAGAGUACCAGUUCAGGAUCAUCGCUGAAAACAGGUAUGGAAAGGGCGCAUCACUGGACUCCAAGUCUAUUGUAGUGCAGUAUCCGUACAAACCGCCUGGGCCACCUGGAACUCCUUACAUAAAAUCUGCUACAAAGGAAAUGAUGAUCGUAGAGUGGAACGAGCCAGUGAACGAUGGAGGAAGCACGGUGAUUGGCUACCACCUGGAGAGCAAAGAGAGAAGCAGCAUUCUGUGGAACAAACUGAACAAAAUGCUCAUCGCUGAUACUCAAUUCAAGAUCUGUAACCUGGAGGAAGGAAUUGGCUACGAGUUCAGAGUUUACGCUGAGAACAUAGUUGGAGUCGGCCGCUGCAGUAAAGUGUCUGAGUCUUUUGUGGCUCUUGAUCCUUGUGAUCCUCCCAGCGCUCCUGAAGCCGUGACAAUCACCAAAAACAUGAUCAAAAUCCAGUGGACUAAGCCACAGUAUGAUGGCGGCACCAAAGUGACUGGAUACAUUGUGGAGAGGAAGGACCUGUCGUCACCCGAGGUCCACUGGGUCCGUGCCAACUUCACCAACAUCGCAUUCACAGAGUACAACGUGACAGGCCUCACUGAAGGAGAAAAGUACGAGUUCAGAGUCAUUGCCAGAAAUGCGGCCGGAACCUACAGUGGACCCUCCGAUAGUUCAGGGCCAAUCACCGCCACAGAUGAGAUAGAACCCCCACGCGCCUCCAUGGACCCUAAAUAUAAGGACGUAAUCUUGGUGAACGCUGGGGAGAACCUGGUGUUGGACGCUGAUGUCUACGGCAAGCCAUUCCCUGAUAUUGUUUGGCACAAAGAGGGCAAAGAGAUGAACAAAGCUCUGCGCAUCGAGGUUAAGCUGGCUCAGAAACACGCCUCUAUGACCAUCAAGGAUGUGACCAAACUCGACAGUGGAAACUAUGAUUUGGUGCUCAAAAAUCUUGGAGGUGUGAAGACCUUGCCUAUUUCUGUUAAAGUCCUGGACAAACCAGGAGCUCCCGCUGGCCCCAUGAAGGUGACAGGCGUGAUGUCCGACCGCUGUACGCUGGCCUGGUCUCAGCCUGCCUUGGACGGAGGAGCUGCCAUCAAGCAUUACACCCUGGAGAAGAGAGAGACCAGCCGUCUCUCUUGGACUCUGAUUGCGCCCAACAUUGAUGGAAUCUUCUAUAAGGUGAAGAACCUUCUGCCAUCUGAGGAAUACAUCUUCAGAGUGAGAGCCGUGAACAAAUACGGCGUUGGCGACUUUUUGGAGAGUGAACCCAUUGUCGCUCGCAACCCAUACAAACCACCAAGUGCUCCUGGAACCCCAGAGGCCAGUGAAAUCAGAAAGGACUCCAUGCUCUUGUCGUGGUCUGCACCAGAUUACACCGGGGGCGCUGAUAUCCAAACCUACCACCUGGAGAAGCGUGACAAGGACAGCGUGAGGUGGACCAAGUGCAACAGAGAGAAGCUUCUGGAGACCAGCUUCAAAGUGACCGGUUUGAUGACCGACCACUUCUACGAGUACCGUGUGGCAGCUGAAAACGAGGCAGGGGUGGGCGACCUGAGCGAGCUCUCUCUUCUCUACAGAGCCUGCAAUGCCCUCACUCCCCCCAACCCACCACACCAUCCUAAAGUCACAGACUACUCCAAGACCUCGGUGUCCCUGUCCUGGGGCAAACCCGACUUUGAUGGCGGUGCCUACGUCAAGGGCUACAUUGUGGAAAUGAGGGAGUACACACCGAUCCCUGAGGAAGACGAGGAGGCAGAGGUGGCUCCUGCAGUCGAACCAGUUGUGGAGAAGGAAUGGUCCAUGUGCACUCCUCCCAAUGGAAUUCAAGCCACAAAACUGACCAUUACUGACCUGAAGGAAGGAGGAGAGUUCCAGUUCAGAGUGUGUGCCAUUAACUCGGAAGGCGUGGGAGAAGCAGCUAACGUCCACGGCACAGUGGUCACCUCAUCCCGAGCCGAGGCCCCAGAUAUGGAGCUGGAUGCUGAGCUGAGGAAAGUAGUGUCUGUACGUGCUGGCGGAACUCUGCGACUCUUUGUGACGAUCAGAGGACGCCCAGAACCAGUGGCGAAAUGGGAGAAGGUCGACGGAACUCUGACUGACAGAGCUGCUGUUGACAGUACCAGCUCCUACACCAUGUUGGUCAUUGAUAACGUCAACAGGUUCGACAGUGGAAAGUACUCGCUCACGCUGGAAAACAGCAGCGGGUCGAAGUCUGCCGUGGUUGCUGUGAGAAUCUUGGACACUCCAAGCGCACCAGAGAAGUUUGUUGUGAAAGAGCUGAAGAAAAACUCUGCAACACUGGCCUGGGACACUCCUCUGACUGACGGAGGCUCCAAGAUCACCAACUACAUUGUGGAGAAGAGAGAGUCUGUGCGUAAGGUCUACACCACCGUCACCAGCAACUGCACUGCCAACUCCUUCAAGAUCGAGGAGCUUCCAGAAGGAGGAACCUUCUACUUCAGAGUGUGUGCCGUCAACGAGUUCGGCCAGGGCCAGAGCGUGGAGACCAAAGAGAUCAAGAUUUCAGAAGUGCCUAUGCCACCAAACAAGGUCACGCUGGUGGAUCAAACCAAGACCAGUGUAUCUUUGACCUGGGAGAAACCAACACACGACGGAGGAAGCAAAGUUAUGUGUUACAACGUUGAGUUCAAGCCCAAGAGUGGAGACAAGUGGGGCACGGCCUGCACGGUCAAAGUGCUGGAGGCUAAGGUGGCCAACCUCACACCCAAUGAUGCCUAUCUCUUCAGAGUGCUCGCCAUCAACGAGAAGGGCAAGAGUGAGCCCAAAGAUCUGGGGCCUGCCGUUGUUGCAAAGGACGUAGACAUCGAGCCUUCUCUGGACCUCCCGUUCAGCACUUACAGUGUCAAAGCCAAAGACGACCUGACCGUUGAGGUGCCAAUAAGGGGACGACCUAAACCAGUUGUGGCAUGGAAGAAAGAUGCCCUGCCUCUGAAGCAGUCCUCCUCUGUCACUAUCCUGAACUCUGCCUCAUCCACAAAAAUUGUGAUCAAAGAGGCGAGCCGCGAGCACAUGGGCAAAUACGAGGUCACACUCGCCAACAGCGGAGGAAUUGUCUCCACCAACUUUACUAUUGUAGUUUUGGACAAACCCUCGGCUCCUAAAUCGGUCAAAGUGGACGCUGUGACCUCCGACAGUAUCAGCCUGUCCUGGUCUCCACCAGAGUACGAUGGGGGCUGCUGUAUUAGCCACUACAUCGUGGAGAAGAGGGACACCAACUCUCAGGAAUGGCAGAUGGCUGCCAGUAAUGUGGCCCGCACAGCCUUCAAAGCCGGGCGCCUGACUCACGGAGCAGAAUACCAGUUCCGCAUUUAUGCCGUUAACAGAUAUGGUAAGAGCACCUAUCUGGACUCGCCCGGAAUCACCGCUCAGUACAACUUCAAACUGCCCGGACCCCCAUCCACUCCCAUCGUGAAGCUCGCCACCAAGUCCUUCAUGAUAGUGACGUGGAAUGAGCCGGUGAAUGACGGCGGCAGUACAGUGCUGGGGUAUCACCUGGAGAGGAAGGAGCGCACCAGCAUCAUGUGGAACAAGAUGAACCGUGGCAUGAUCAAAGACACUGAGUUCAAGGUGAAUGGCGUGGACGAGGGCAUGAUGUACGAAUAUCGUGUUUAUGCAGAGAACAUCGCUGGUAUUGGCAAAGUCAGUAAGUCCUGUGAAGCCGUCGCCGCCAGAGACCCCUGCGACCCACCUGGCCCGCCCAUAGUUACGGCCGUUACCCGGUCAUCUGUGUCUUUGUCCUGGGACAAACCAGAGUACGAUGGCGGUGCUAAAGUUUCUGGCUACAUCAUUGAGCGCAGAGACCUGCCAGAGGGACGCUGGACACGCUGUAACUUCACAAAUGUACCAGAAACACACUACGAUGCCACUGGGCUUACGGAGAACAGUCAGUACGACUUCCGCAUCAUCGCCAAGAACGCAGCCGGUCUGUUCAGCGGCGCCUCAGACAACACCGGGCCCAUCACAGUCAAGGAUGAUGUGGACCCACCCCGCAUCAUGAUGGACGUCAAAUACCGAGAGGCUGUGCUGGUGAAGGCCGGAGACACACUGAAGAUCUGUGCCGACCUGGCUGGCCGCCCCGCCCCCGUUGUGUCUUGGACCAAAGACGGAAAAGACAUCGAGCUUAGAGCCCGCAUCCAGAUCGUGUCCACAGACACCAGCACGGCAGUCGUGGUGAAGGACUGUAUCCGUCGCGACUCAGGCCAAUAUGUGCUCAGGCUGCAGAACAUUGGCGGCACCGUCAGCAUGCCCAUUGACUGCAUUGUGCUGGACAGACCUGGGCCCUGUGCUGGACCCAUACAGGUCACCGGGCUCACAGCCGAGGCCUGCACCCUGGCCUGGGGCCCGCCACAAGAGGCCGGAGGCGCCAACAUAACACACUACGUGGUGGAGCGCAGAGAGACGAGCAGACUGGCCUGGACCCUGAUCAAAGGAGACGUCACCAAAACAUUUUACAAAGUCAAAGGUCUACUGAAGGGAGAGGAGUACGUGUUCAGAGUGCUGGCCAUGAGCAAACACGGGCGUGGUGAGCCUCUGGAGAGCGACAUUGUGAAGAUCACCGACCCCUUCACCAUUCCCAGCGCCCCCAUGAGCGUGGAUGUCACCGACAUCACCGGAGACACCAUGAUCCUGACCUGGUGCAAGCCUGUGGCGGACGGAGGCAGCGCAGUGAUUGGGUACGUGAUUGAGCGCAGAGAGAAGACUGGCAUGCGCUGGGUCCGUGUCAACAGAGACCUGGUGACUGACUGCACCGCAGCCGUCACCAAACUGAGGAAAGGCUGUGAAUACGAUUUCAGAGUGUGCGCUGAGAACGCUGCUGGUCUCAGCCCGCCCAGCGAAGCUUCAGCCACUUUCAGAGCCGCUGAUCCCCUGGUCAUUCCCGGUCGACCUACCAAACCAAAGAUCAUUAACUCCACCAAAGACACUAUCUCCAUCGUGUGGAAGGCACCCACUGAGGAUGGCGGUGCUUCAGUCCUCGGCUACACUGUGGAGUACAGAGAGUUUGUGCCAACACCAGAGGAUGAAGAAGAGGAGGAAGAGUAUGAAGACGAGGAGUAUGAAGAGGAGGAGUCUCCAGAGGAGCUGGCCCGGUGGACUGAAGCCAUUGCUCUCACCAGGAGCAUGGAGUUCACCGUCAGCGGCCUGAAGACCGACCAGCAGUACCAGUUCUGUGUGAAAGCUGUGAAUAAGAUCGGCCUGAGUGGUCGCAGCCCAGUCUCUGAGGCAGCUGCUGCCAUGGACCGCACCUGCGAGCCCACGUUUGAUGCAGACAUUGAUUUAAGGAAAGUGUUGAUUGUGAAACACAACGCCGCUUUCACUCUGAAUGUGCCCUUCAGUGGCAACCCCGCCCCCACUGCCGAAUGGGCCAAAGAGGGUGUCAACCUGAAGGUCAGGGGAACCAUAGACUCCACCGACUCCCACACCAAACUCACCAUCGACAAAGCCACAAGGAACGACUCUGGAGAAUACAGCGUCACCAUCACAUCCCCUCUGGGCACCGCCACCUUGCCCAUGGUUGUAAAGGUGCUAGACUCUCCCGGGCCACCCGCUAACGUCAAGGUGUCCAAGGUGACUCGUGACUCGGCCACUCUGACCUGGGAGGCGCCUGAGAACGACGGCGGUGACGCAGUGAAGGCCUACCAUGUGGAGAAGAAAGAGGCUAGUAAGAAGACCUGGGUCUGCACCACCAACAACUGCCAUGAGCUCAGCUACACGGUGGAGAACCUGCAGGAGGGCGCCAUCUACUACUUCAGGGUCAUAGGGGAGAACGAGUACGGCACAGGCGUCCCCCAGGAGGCCGCGGCCGGCACCAAGAUCACCGAGGUGCCCACUCCCCCCAUGAAGCUGGGUGUGGUGAACGUGACCAAAGACAGUGUGACAAUUGGCUGGACACGGCCCGAGUACGAUGGUGGCUCCCGGGUUGCUGGAUACCUCAUUGAUGCCCUGGAGAAGGGACAGACCAAGUGGAUCAAAUGUGCCACAGUGCGCACCAUGAACCACACCAUCAAGAACUUGCGUGAGAGCACAGAGUACUUCUUCAGAGUGCGGGCAGAGAACCACGCUGGCCUAAGCGAGCCCAAGGAGAUGAUCGUGCCCGUGCUGGUCAAGGAGAUACAAGAGGCUCCGGAGUUUGACUUGAAGAACUACCCUAAGAGCACGGUUUAUGUGAAGGCCGGUUCUGACCUGAGCUUUGAGAUCCCGCUGAGUGGCCGACCACAGCCCAAGGUGGCAGUGUCCCGGAACAACGUGGUCAUAAAGGGUUCGGACAAAAAACUGACCGCCACGGUGACCCCAGACAGUGUCCUCAUCACUCUGACCGAGGCCACACCUAAAGACGCCGGCAAAUACGAGUUUACUGCCUCCAACGCCGGUGGCACCACCAAGAUCAGCUUCACCUUUGUGGUGAUGGACCGACCUGGGCCUGCCACAGGCCCCGUGGAGGUGGGAGAGGUGGGAGAGACCAGUGUCUGUCUCAAGUGGGCUCCUCCAGAGUACGAUGGCGGCAGCCCCGUCACCCACUACAUCGUCUUGAAGAGAGAGACCAGCACCCCAGCCUGGACCGAGGUCACCACCAACGUGGCCCGCAGCGCCAUCAAGGCUGCCAAGUUGACCAAGGGAGAGGAGUACCAGUUCAGGAUCAAGGCGGUGAACCGAUACGGCGUCAGUGACCACAUUGACACCAAACCGAUCAUGAUCAAGCUGCCCUACACCAUCCCUGGUCCUCCCUCUACCCCCUGGCUCUCGUUGGUUUCCAGAGAAAGCCUGACGGUGUGUUGGAAUGAACCUGUGACAGAUGGGGGAAGCCCGGUGUUCGGAUACCACCUCCAGAUGAAGGAGCGCAGCAGUAUCCUCUGGCAGAAGAUCAACAAGACGGCCAUCCCCGGCAACCAGUUGCGGGUCACCAACAUCCUGCCCGGAAUGAUCUACGAGUUCAAGGUGUCUGGAGAGAACGCUGCGGGCAUCGGGAAGGUCAGCAAGACUUCUGAAGAGGUGCUGGCCAUCGACGCCUGCGAGCCGCCUGCUAACGUGCACGUGACUGAGGUGACCAAGAACUCUGUAACCCUGGCCUGGCAGCGUCCACCCUACGAUGGCGGCAGCAAGAUCACCGGUUACAACGUGGAGCGCCGUGACGCCGGCAGUGGCCGCUGGGUCAAGGCCAACUUCACCAACAUCCUGGAGAUGGGCUUCACUGCGUCCGGCUUGAACCAGAAUGAGGCCUACGAGUUCAGAGUGUACGCCAAGAACGCUGUGGGCUCCACCAGCAACCCCAGCCUGAUCGCCGGCCCGGUGACCUGUGUGGACGCCUGUGGAACCCCAGCCAUCGACCUGCCCCCAGAGUAUCUGGACGUGGUCCGGUACAAGGCUGGCACGUCGGUGAAACUCAAAGUGAGCUUCACUGCCAAACCUCAGCCGGUCAUGAGCUGGAUGAAAGACGGCAAAGAGCUAGUGGCCUCUUCCACUGUCUCUGUGGAGAACACCACUGACUCCACCGCCGUAUUGGUGAAGGACGCCACCCGAGCCAAUACCGGGGCCUAUGAGGUCAAGGUCCGCAACGUCCUGGGCAGUGCCACAGCAACCAUCCGCAUGGAAGUUCUGGACAAACCUGGGCCUCCUGCCGGCUCUAUCAGCUUCAGCCACGUGUCGGCCGAUAAGAUCUCUUUCGGCUGGGAGCCCGUGCCGGAGUGGGAUCAGGGCGGGUACCCAGUGACGCACUAUGUGGUGGAGAGACGUGAGACCAGCCGUGUGGUCUGGUCCACCGUGUCUGAGCGCCUGGAGCAGAACCACGCUACGGUCGGCAAGCUGGUCGCUGGAAACGAGUAUGUGUUCCGAGUGAUGGCCGUCAACAAAUGCGGCGUCGGAGAGGUGCUGGAGAGCGAGCCUGUGGUUGCCAAGAACGCCUUCGUGACGCCUGGUCAGCCCUGCACGCCUGAGGUCACGGAGUCCACCAAAACCACUCAGGUCGUGGAGUGGGCCAAACCUGGCGUGGACGGCGGCAGCACAGUGACAGGGUACUACCUGGAGCGCAGAGACAAGAAGAGUCUGCGCUGGAUCAAAGUCUACAAAGACCCAGUGACAGAGCCCAAGCAGACCGUGUACCAUCUGACCGAAGGGAACGAGUACCAGUACCGUGUCUGCGCCAUCAACCGGGCUGGCGAGGGGCCCUUCACCGACGCCUCGGACUACUAUAAGGCCGCCGAUCCCAUCGAAACUCCUUAUGAGCCUGUGAAGCUGAAGGUGGUGGACUCCACAAAGACCUCCAUCACCCUGAGCUGGACCAAGCCCGAGUGGGAUGGGGGCAGUGAGGUCACCAGCUAUAUGGUGGAGAAACUCGUGGGCGAGGAGGAAGAAUGGACCAUGCUCACAACCAAAGGAGAAGUGAAGACAACAGAGUACACAGCCCACGACCUCAAACCAGACCAGGACUACUACUUCAGAGUCUCUGCGGUGAACUGUGCUGGACGGGGAGAGGCUCUGGAGCUGACCGAGCCUGUGCAGGCCAAAGACAUCCUGGAGGAGGCCCAGGUGGACACAGACGUGGCCAUGCGCACUCACUACGUGGUGAAAGCUGGCAAAGACGUGGAGCUUUCUGUGCCCAUGAAAGGCCGGCCCGCCCCCACUGCCUCCUGGUCUCUGGGAGAGACCUGCAUCGACAAAGACCCACGCUUCGAGUUCCACCACUCCGACAACAGCUCCACCCUGGUGCUGCGCGAGGUAACCCGCAACGACACGGGCAAGUAUCUUGUGAAGAUCCAGAACGGCGUGGGCGAAGCCAAGAGCCUCACACUGUCGGUGAAGGUGCAGGAUAGUCCAGCCCAGUGCCAGAACCUGGUGCUGAAGGAUGUGACCCGAGGAAAGGUCACUCUGUGCUGGGAGCCGCCACUGUCGGAUGGAGGAGCCGAGAUCACCAACUACAUUGUGGAGAAAAGAGACUCCAGCAAACGCACCUUCUCCGCUGUCACCAGCAAGUGCAUGGACACCACCUUCUCUGUGGAGGACCUGUCCGAGAAGACCUCCUUUUUCUUCAGAGUCCUGGCUGAGAACGAGAACGGUGUGGGAGACCCGUGUGAGACAGUGGAGCCGGUGAAAGCCACAGAGACACCCGGCCCCGUGAAGGAGGUCUCCAUGAAGGACUCCUCCAAGACUUCGGUCACUCUGCAGUGGCUCAAACCCGAGUACGACGGCGGCAGCAUCAUCUCAGACUACGUGAUUGAGAAGAAGACCAAAGGAGAAGAGGAAUGGUCAUCCGCUGGAGCCAGCCGCCACUGCGAGUUUGAAAUCAAGAAGCUCAAGGAACAUUCAGAAGUUCAGUUCAGAAUCGCUGCUCGCAAUGAGAAAGGACAAGGAGACUUUGUCCUGUCCCAGCCCAUUAAAGUGGUGGACUACAUCAUCACACCUGAGGCUGAUAUGUCCGAGUAUCCUGGAAGCCUCCUGAAAAUCCGGCUGGGCCAUAACGUCCAUGUGGAGCUGCCGUACCGUGGCAAACCCAAGCCCAUGGUGAGCUGGCUGAAGGACAGCCUGCCCCUGAAGGAGAGCGACCAGAUCCGCUUCAAAGUCACCGGCAGCAAAGCCACACUCAUGAUCAAAUCUGUAACCAAAGAGAAUGAGGGCAAGUACACCCUGACCCUGGACAACAAGGUCAACCGCAAGUCCUUCCACCUGCACGUGGUGACGCUUGGCCCGCCGACCAAACCCGUGGGUCCCAUCAAACUGGACGAGGUGAGAGCUGAGAGCAUCACCAUCUCCUGGGAAGAACCCAACGACGAUGGUGGUGGAGACAUUAGCUGCUACACUGUGGAGAAGCGCGACACGGCCAAGAACGACUGGAAGAUGGCUUGCUCCUGCGUGACCGACACGCAGUUCAAGGUGCCAAACUUGAUCAAAGGGUUGCAAUACCAGUUCCGUGUGUGCGCUGAGAACCGUUACGGUGUGAGUGAGGCAUUGCUGUCCCAGAUGGUCGUGGCCAAGCACCAGUUCCGACCUCCAGGACCUCCAGGCAAACCCUUCGUCUACAACGUCACCAACGACGGCAUGACCAUCCAAUGGGAGAAGCCACUGUACGACGGAGGCACCGCCAUCCAAGGAUACCAUGUGGAGAAGAGGGAAAGCAACAGUGUGAUGUGGCAGAAGGUAAACACAAUGAUAGUGAAGGCCACAGAGUACCGGAUCCUGGAGCUAAUCGAGGGUCUGGAGUACUCCUUCAGGGUUUACGCCCAGAAUGAUGCAGGACACAGCCGCAUGAGCGACGAGAGCAAACUCACCAUGGCUGUGAGCCCUGUUGACGCCCCUGGCCAGCCUGACUACACAGACACGACCAGUGACAGUGUGUCUCUGAAAUGGGAUGCGCCCAAACGAGACGGUGGCUCUAAGAUCACAGGCUACACUGUGGAGAAGCGGCAGGGCAAAGGUCGCUGGUUCAAAGCCAACCUCACAGACUGCUGCGACUGUCAGUACACCGUCACCGGUCUCGCCACCAACGAGCGAUAUGAGUUCAGGGUCAUCGCCCGCAACGCCAUUGGUGUUGUGAGCCCGCCAUCCAACUCCUCUGGCCUCAUCAUUGUGCGCAGCGAGAACGCUGCCCCCAACCUUGAAUUUGGGCCUGAGUACUUUGAGGGUCUGACGGUGAAGGCAGGGGACAACAUUCGGGUGAAGGUGACGGUGACCGGCCGGCCUGAGCCCAAAGUGGUGUGGUACCGAGACGGCGUGGUGGUCACCAAACAGAUGAUGGACAUCAUCACCAUUCCGGGCUCCAGCACGCUGUUUGUGCGCGACGCAGACCGCUCCCACCGUGGCCUCUACGCUGUGGAGGCCACCAAUAGCUCGGGCAGCAAGAGGGAGGAGAUCCUGGUGCAAGUGCAAGACACCCCUGGCGAGCCGGUCGGCCCUAUCGUCUUCUCGGACAUCUCUGAGGGGAAGUGCACACUGUCCUGGGGCGCUCCGCUGAACGAUGGCUGCUCCGAGAUCUCGCAUUACAUCAUCGAGAAGCGCGAGACCGCCAAGAUCUCGUGGGCCCUGGUGUCAGACGAGUGCACGGCAUGCAGCUUCAAUGCCUCCAAACUCAUCAAGACCAACGAGUACCAGUUCAGAGUCUCUGCUGUCAACAAGUUUGGGGUGGGCCGGCCAGUCGAGUCCAGCCCAGUCAUCGCCCAGAUGCAGUACACUGCCCCGGAUGCCCCUGGUACUCCAGAUGCCACAGAAGUCACCGGAGAGAGCAUCACGCUGGCCUGGACACCGCCCUCUUCUGACGGAGGGAACCCCAUCCAGUGCUACAUCGUGGAGAAGCGCGAGAAGAAGACGCUGCGCUUCUACAAAGUCAUCACAAAGAAACCAAUUGUGGAGUGUGCCCACAAAGUGAGCGGCCUCAGCGAGGACACAGAGUACGAGUUCAGGGUUCUAGCUGUAAACGACGCCGGCGUGGGAGCUCCCAGUAACGUAUCCCUGGCGAUCCGCGCUGCUGAACCCAAAGACAUCCCCUGUGCCCCCUCGGUCAUGUGUGUGUCGGACUCCUCCAGCUCCUCCAUCAGCCUGGAAUGGACCCGGCCAGCCGACGACGGCGGCAUGGAGGUCCUGGGGUACAUCCUGGAGAUGGCCAAAGGAGAAGAAGAAGAAUGGACCAGAGUCAAGGAGAACGAGCUGAUCUCAGAUACACAGUUCACUGUGAAGGAGCUGGAGAGCGGCGCCUCCUACAGGUUCCGUGUGGCCGCUGUGAACCAUGUGGGUCGUGGAGAUGAUCUGGAGCUGUCUGAACCGGCUGAGGCUGUGGAGAGGUUCACUGCUCCUCAGGUGGACAUCGACGCCACUUUCAAACAGACGCAUAUCGUGAAGGCUGGCGGCUCCGUGUGCCUUGGCGUGCACUACCGUGGCAAACCUGAACCCACUGCCACCUGGGCCCGGGACGAGGGUGAGCUCGGUCACAUGACAGAGGUGCAGACUGUGGAGGGACACAGCUCUCUGUCCAUCGAGAACUGCACACGCAAUGACUCGGGCAAAUACACCAUCACCCUGGAAAACAGCAGCGGCAGCAAAGCCAUCACCUUCACUGUCCAGGUCUUGGACACGCCUGGACCUCCUCAGAACGUUAUGUUUAAGGAGGUGACCCGUGGUUCGGUGACACUGGUGUGGGAGGCUCCUCUUCACACCGGCGGAGCCAAGAUCCACCACUACAUUGUGGAGCGGCGCGAGGCCAGCCGGCGCACCUGGGCCCAGUCCGGAUCCAAGACCUCUGCGUGCGAGCUGAAGAUCAACAACCUGCUGGAGGGAGUGCCCUACUUUUUCAGAGUUCUGGCAGAGAACCAGCGCGGCCUGGGAGAGCCUCUGGAGAUCACCGAGCCGGUUAUGGCCACAGCUGAGCCCUCUGCGCCCAAACGCCUGGACGUCCUGGACACCACAGACAGCACUGUGGUGCUGGGCUGGCCCAAACCAGAGCACGACGGAGGCAGUCGUGUGCAGGGAUACCUCCUGGAGGCGCGACCCAAAGGGGGAGACAAGUGGAUGGUGGUGGGCAACACCAAGACCCAGAGCUACACCGUGGACAAACUCAACAAGAACGACGAGUAUGAAUUCAGAGUGAAGGCCAAGAACGAUGCUGGCCUCAGCUUGCCCAAGGAGACCAUUGCUGCGGUGCUGGUCAAAGAACCACACAUCGAACCUGCGGCUGACCUCAGCGACAUCCCCAACCAGCUCAUCUGCUGCCGCUCCGGCAGCACCUUCACCAUCGAGCUGCCCAUCAGCGGUCGCCCCGCACCCAAGGUCUCCUGGAGACUGGAAGACAUGCGGCUGAAGAACUCAGACCGUGUCAGCAUCAAGAGCAGCAAAGACCGGUGCAGCAUCACCGUGAAGGAUGCCAUGAGGGGAGACGGCGGUAAGUACCACCUGACCCUGGAGAACGCCGCCGGCACCAAGACCUUCACUGUGGAGGUGAACGUGACGGCGCGCCCCAGCCCCCCCACCGGGCCCAUUGCCAUCUCUGGCAUCACCUCUGAGUCCUGCGUCAUCGAGUGGGAGGCGCCUGAGGACGAUGGGGGAACGCCCAUCACCAACUUCAUCGUGGAGAAGAGAGAGUCCGGCUCCACAGCCUGGCAGCUCAUCAACUCCAGCGUGAAGAGGACCUCGCUCCAUGUGGGACAUCUCACCAAGUAUAUGCAGUACACCUUCAGAGUCUCCGCGGAGAACCGCUUUGGCAUCAGCAAGUCCACUGAGUCUGAGACCAUUGUGGCAGAGCACCCCUUCACUCCCCCUGGCCCACCGACCCGCCCCUCAACCUUCAACGUGUCGGCCAAUGCGCUCACGCUGAAAUGGGAGGAGCCCUACAACGACGGCGGCAGCAAAGUGACGGGCUACUGGAUCGAGAAGAAGGAACGCAACAACAUCCUGUGGGUCCGCGAGAACAAGAUCCCGUGCUUCGACUGCUACUAUGCGGCUGAGGGGCUGGUGGAGGGACUGGAGUACCAGUUUAGGGUCUACGCCAUGAACUCUGCCGGUCUCAGCAAGCCCAGCGAGGCCAGCAAGGGGACUGUGGCCCAGAACCCUGUUGACUCCCCGAGCAGACCCGAGGUGACCAACGUGACCCGCACCACCGUGUCUCUGAAGUGGGGGGCACCGCUGAACGACGGCGGCUCGCCCAUCACUGGCUACAUCGUGGAGAGGAAGCCCUACACCAUCACUGGAGAGGGCCGCUGGCUCAAGUGCAACUACACCAAUGUGACAGACAACUUCUACACCGUGACCGCACUUGGCGAGGGAGAGCCCUACGAGUUCAGGGUCAUCGCCAAGAACCAGAACCAGGUCUACAGCUUGCCCUCCGAGUCCACGGGCUCUGUGCAGUGCAAGACCGACUUCGAACCACCCAAAGCCCAGCUGGACAGUAAGCUGCUGUCGGAGACCGUGUUUGUGCGUGCUGGGUCUGACCUGGUCCUGGACGCGGCGGUGGGUGGCCGGCCGGACCCCAAGGCCUCGUGGGCCAAAGGAACAAGAGACCUGGAGCUGUGUGAGAAAUACCAGCUCACCUACACACCCACCAAAGCCAUGGCCGUCAUCAAGUUCUGCGACCGCGACGACACGGGAAAAUAUGUGCUGACCGUGAGGAACGUGAGCGGAACCAAGACCGCUGAGGUCAACGUCAAAGUGCUUGACACUCCGGGCGUGUGUGAGGGCUCAAUCGAGAUCUCAAAGGUCACAGAGGAAUCGUGUGUAUUGACGUGGAAGGCGCCACUGGAGGACGGCGGCGAUGACGUGGCGUACUAUAUGGUGGAGCGCCGCGACACCAACCGUCUGAACUGGGUGGUGAUGGACGCCCAGUGCACAGAGCUGACCUGUAACAUCAACCACCUGUUCAAGAACACAGAGUACCUGUUCAGAGUGAGGGCCAUCAACAAGUACGGCCCUGGAGUGCCUCUGCAGUCUGCACCUAUGGUGGCCAGGAACACCUUCACGGUGCCCACUCCCCCCGGAGCGCCCGAGAUCCUGGUAUCUGGAAAAGACUUUGCAACCAUCGAGUGGUUGAAGCCCGAGUCGGACGGAGGCAGCCCCAUCACCCACUACCUGGUGGAGCGGCACGAGAGGAAGAGCGCCCGCUGGGUGAAGGUCAACCGCGACGGUCAUUUCCUGGACACCUGCCUCAAAGUGGGCGGGCUCACGGAGGGAAACAUCUACCAGUUCAGGGUCACCGCCAUCAACAAGGCUGGGGAGAGCGAGCCCAGUGAGGUGUCUCUGUACGUGGUCUGCAGGGUGCCCACAGGUGUGUCCAUGGCCCCCUCCAUCCCUCGCAUCACGGACACUCACGCCGACAGCAUCAGCCUGGCCUGGUCGCGGCCCGUGGAGGACGGUGGGGCUGAGGUGAUGGGAUACAUCCUGGAGCAGCAGGAGUCCGGGGCAGAGGAAUGGACCAAGGCCCACGACAAGACCCUGAGGUCGUCAGAGUACACCGUGACCGGCCUUAGCGCAGGAAAGAAAUAUUUGUUCAGAGUGGCAGCCAUCAACAUCAACGGCACGGGCGAUUUCAGCGACCCGUGUGCUGAGACCGAGCCCGUGGAGAGACUGGAGACCCCAGACUUUGAGCUCCAUGACGACCUGAAGAAGACCAUCUGCCUCCGUGCCGGUGGCUCUCUGAAGAUGCAGGUGAACGUGACGGGUCGUCCCGCUCCCGCCAUCACCUGGACCAAACCGGGUGUGGACCUGGCGACCCGCGGCUUCAUUGAGGUUACAGCCACCUCUACGCAGCUCAUCAUCGACAAAGUUCACCGCUACGACGCCGGAAAGUAUACUCUGAGCGCAGAAAACAGCUCUGGCAAACAGGAAGUGCACAUCCUGGUCAAGGUCUAUGACACGCCUGGGCCCACUGGUCCCAUCCAGAUCAAAGAGCUGAACAAAGACAGCGUCACCAUCUCGUGGGAGGCUCCCACGGUGGACGGCGGCGCUCCGGUCAACAACUACGUGGUGGAGCGGCGCGAGGCGUCCAUGCGCGCCUACAAAACCGUCACCGCCAAGUGCAGCAAGACGUCGUACCACAUCGACAACCUGCUGGAAGGAAUGCUCUACUACUUCAGAGUCCUCCCAGAGAACAUCUACGGAGUCGGAGAAGCUCGAGAGACUCCUGACGUCAUCCUGGUUUGUGACGUGCCAAUGCCGCCCUCCAAGUUCGAGGUGACAGAUGUGACUAAGUCCUCAGUGUCUCUGGGCUGGGAGAAGCCGGAGCACGAUGGCGGUAGCAGACUGGUGGGAUACGUGAUAGAGGCCUGUAAGUUCGGCACAGACAAGUGGAUGAAGGUGGCGACGCUGAAGCUCACAGACCUGGAAUACACUGUGGAGAAACUCAACGAGAAGGAGCAGUAUCUGUUCAGACUCCGAGCAGUGAACAGCAGAGGAGCCAGUGAAGCCAGAGAACUGGUGACCGCGGUGACCGUCCAGGAGCAGAGAGUGAUGCCCGAGGUCGACUUGUCCAGUUUGCCUCAGAGAGUGGUGAACAUUGUUGCUGGGAAGACUCUGGAGCUGGAGCUGCCGAUCGUGGGUCGUCCCCCUCCUGCCUGCGCCUGGUACUUUGCCGAUAACCGUCUGAAGAUCACGGAGCGCGUGAAGGUGAAGAGCACGGGCAAGAGCACCUGCCUCACCAUGAGCGACCCGACCAUCGACGACAGCGGGGAGUACACCAUCGAGUUGAAGAACGUGGUGGGAACGGUGACCGAGAAGAUCAAGCUCACCGUGCUCUCCAAGCCGGAUUCGCCUGAGGGCCCCAUGAAGUUUGACGAGGUGGACGCUACAUCUGUGGUGCUUAGCUGGAGUCCCCCGCUCCGUGAUGGCGGCGCCCCGGUCAGUGGGUACGUGGUGGAGCAGAGGGACGCACACCGACCCGGCUGGGUGCCCGUGUGUGACUCUGUCAGUCGACCCACGUACCGCUUCACCAACCUCAUCGAGGGCGACGAGUACGUGUUCCGAGCCGCGGCGAUCAACCGCUACGGCACCGGAGAGUACCUGCAGUCUGAGGUGGUGACCUGCAAGAGCCUCAACAAUGUCCCUGGACCCCCGGGUCGCCCCAUCAUCUUUGACGUGUCCCGAGACGGUAUGACUGUGGCCUGGGAUGUGCCCGAGACGGACGGCGGACUGGAGGUGUCUGGUUAUGUGGUGGAGAGGAAGGAAGUGCGCUCCGACCGAUGGGUGCGCGCCAACAAGAACCCCAUCACCAUGACCCGGUACCGCUCCACGGAGCUCACCGAGGGCCUGGAGUACGAGCACCGCAUUACUGCCAUUAAUGCCCGAGGCAACAGCAAGCCUAGCCUGCCCUCUAAGCCUGCUGUGGCAACAGACCCCAUCGACCCGCCUGGCUGCCCACAGAACCCACGGGUCACAGACACCACCAGCUCCUCUGUGUCAUUGGCGUGGAACCCUCCGGACGACGAGGGAGACGCUCGAUUGGACGGGUACCUGAUAGAGAUGCAGAAGGAGGGCAGUGUCGCCUGGACCAAAUGUAACACCACGCCAUCGCUGAUCUGCGAGUACACGCUCACCAACAUGCCUCAGGGCGCAGACUUCCACUUCAGGGUCCUGGCCUGCAACGCGGGCGGCUGCGGCGAGGCGGCUGAGGUGCCCGGCGUGGUGAAGAUCACAGAGAUGCUGGAGGCCCCAGACUUCGAGCUGGAGCUGAAGUACAAGGACGUGUAUGUGGUGAGACAGGGCGGCGUGGUGCGCCUGUCCGUGCCGAUCAGAGGGAAGCCACAGCCGACCGGCACCUGGUCCAAGGACGGCCCUGGCGUGUCAGCGACCGCCAUGAUCGCCUCCACCGAAGACGCCAGCGAACUGGUCAUCAAAGGAGCCGAGCGUGCGGACUCUGGCCUCUACACACUCCUGCUACAGAACAGAGUCGGCACCAAGAAGGUCCAGAUCAAGGUGAAGGUGAUUGGCCGGCCCAGUGCUCCGGAGGGCCCCCUGCUGUUCGAUGAGGUGCAGAACAACAGUGUGAGAGUGGGAUGGAAGGCUCCCACAGACGACGGCGGCUCGGAGGUGCUGGGAUACAUCGUGGAGCGCCGCGAGGCCACCAGGAACGCCUGGUACACGGUGGACUCCCGCGUCACUGACACACAGCUGCUGGUCAAGGGUCUCAACGAAGGAACCGAGUACCACUUCAAGGUCACUGCAGAGAACGCCUUUGGAGUCAGCUCAUCGCUCAAGUCCGAGCAACCGUUGGUGCCACAGACGCCGCUGUGUGCCCCGGAGCCGCCCUCUGCUGCUCCAGAGAUCAUGGACGUGACCAAGAGCUCUGUGGGGCUGGCGUGGGCUCGACCCAAACACGACGGCGGCUCGGCGCUCACUGGUUACAUCGUGGAGUAUAAGGAGGUGACGGCGGAGUCCUGGAGUCGCCAUGGAGACGCCAAGCUCACCACUAUGUUCACGGUAACGGGGCUUACAGCGGACGCAGAAUACCACUUCAGGAUCAUCGCGGUGAACGCCAUCGGAGAGAGCCAGCCUGGCUCCGCCUCCGACGCCAUCAUCUGCAAGGAUCCAUUCGACAAGCCCAGUCAGCCUGGAGAGAUGGACACUGUGGCCGUCACCAACAGCUCCAUCUCACUGAAGUGGUCUGUGCCUGAGUGCGACGGUGGGAAGCCCGUCCUGGGAUACUGGGUGGAGUACCGCAAGUCCAUCGAGAGCGCCUGGAAGAAAAGCAACCGACAGCGCAUCAAGAACCCCGAGUUCCUGAUGCCCGGACUUGCCGAGGCCACGGAGUACGAGUUUAGAGUGUUCGCCGAGAACGAGACCGGAAUGAGCCGCCCCAGGAGGACCGCCACCUGCAUCAAGACCAAGCUCAUGGUGGAGAACAAACCCAGCCUGAGGAAGGAGAUGGAUGAGGUGACGGCCAAACUGGGCCAGCCCGCCAUCAUGAAGUGCCAGAUCAUCGGCAGACCCAUGCCCGACAUCAAGUGGUACCACAACGGCAAAGAGGUGGUGGAGUCGCGGAAGUACGAGAUGAGCUCGGACGGCAGGAACCACUCUCUCUCCAUCAUGACCGACCGCCAGGAAGACGAGGGCGAGUACACCUGUAAGGCCGUGAACGAAGCCGGGGACGCCGAAACCACCGGCGCGCUGGUGCUGGAGGCCAAGCCAAGCUUCCACCCCGACUACCCACUGAAGGAGACCUACCACGCUGGCCUGGGAACCACACUCAGGAUCCACGCUGUCUACAUCGGACGCCCCGAGCCCAAGAUCAUGUGGCUUCACGGUUCCAAAACCCUGGAGCCCACGGACGACAUCAGCAUCGAGACCACAGGUCACUACACCCACCUGGUCAUCAAGAACGUCCAACGGCGCAUCCACGGUGGGAAGUACCGCAUCCGGCUGCAUAACCACUUCGGGCGCGCAGACACAGCCUUCACCGUGGAGAUCUACGACAAACCAGACGUGCCGCAGGGUCCCAUCGUACUCGACGCGCUGCUGAAGAACUCGGUGAUCCUAAGCUGGAAGGCGCCAGCAGACGACGGCGGCUGCAUGAUCACCAACUACAUCGUGGAGAAGCGCGAGGACAAAGAGGGCACAGCGUGGGAGCUGGUGUCCUCCUCCAUCAACGGCUGCAGCUGCCGCGUCCCCAACCUCCAGGACUCUGCCGGGUACUUCUUCAGGGUCUACGCCCAGAACAAGUACGGCAACAGUGCACCGCUGGAACUGGAGGCACCUAUUCUCAUCAAGAGCCAGCUGGAGAAGCCAUCGCCGCCUCUGUCUCCGGUCGUGUCCGGCAUCACCAACACGUCCUGUGUGGUGUCCUGGAAGCCGCCCGUUUCGGAUGGCGGCUCUAAGAUCAAGUGCUACCAUCUGGAGAAGAAGCUGAAGGAGAAGAAGGAGUGGUCCGAGUGGAGCACGGUGACCACAGACGAGAUCAAGCAGACCGUGUUCUCUGUGAAGCGGCUGGUCGUCGGGCAGGAGGUGGUGUUCCGGGUCAAGUGUGAGAACCUGGGUGGCCACAGCGACUACAGCGAGGAGACCGCUCCGGUGACACCCACCACGCCCGUGGAUGUGCGCGCGCCCGCCUUCAAAGAGGAGCUGAGGAAUCUGAGUGUCAAACACAAGAGCAACGCCACGCUGGUGUGCAAGAUCACCGGCCAGCCAAAGCCCGUCAUCAAAUGGUUCCGCCGCGGCAAAGAGGUGCAUUCCGACGGAAAGAAGAUAAAGAUCCAGGAGUUUAAGGGCGGGUACCACCAGCUCGUCAUCGCCGAGGCAGACGAAGAGGACUCCACCGUCUACCAGAUCAGAGCCACCAACCAGGGCGGCUCCAUCUGUGCCACCGUGUCCCUGGACGUGGAGAUCCCUGCCAAGAUUAACCUACCCAAGAACCUUAAGGACAAGGAGGCCAUCCCGGCGCUGCGUGGCGAGGUCGUCAACAUCAAGAUCCCCUUCGGCGGUAAACCCGACCCGGUGAUCACCUGGCAGAAGGGCCAGGACUUGAUUGACAGUAACGGUCACUACCAGGUCAUUGUGACCCGCUCCUUCACCUCGCUGGUCUUCCCUAACGGUGUGGAGAAGAAGGACGCCGGCUUCUACAUUGUCUGCGCCAAGAAUCGCUUUGGCAUCGACCAGCAGACAGUGGAGCUGGACGUAGCAGACGUGCCCGACGUUCCCCGCGGCGUCAAGGCCAGCGACGUGUCCCGAGACUCAGUGACCCUGAACUGGGUUGCCCCCGCCAACGACGGCGGCAGCAGAGUCAUCAGUUACAUCAUUGAGAAGUGUCCGACCACCGCGGAGCGCUGGGAACGCGUGGCCCAGUCCCGUGAGACCCGCUACACCGUCAUCAACCUGUUUGGAGGAACUAGCUACCAGUUCAGAGUCAUCGCUGAGAACAAGUUCGGCCAGAGCAUCCCGAGCGAGACCAGCGGCCCGGUCAUGACCAAAGAGGACAAGUCCCGUGUGCUGCUGUACGACCGCGAGGUGGACGAGUCAGGCCGCAUUCCCAGAGCCAAAGCACCGCACUCUGACGCCAAGAACCUGCACACCAAGUACAGCAUUGCAGAGGAGUUGGGCCGUGGCCAGUUUGGCAUCGUGCACCGCUGCGUGGCCACGGGCUCAGACCGAACCUUCAUGGCCAAGUUUGUGAAGGUGCGUGGCGCUGACCAGGCCGUGGUGAAGAAGGAGAUCGCCACGCUCAACCUCUGCAAACAGGAGAACUUCCUGCUGCUACACGAGUCCUUCGACUCGCCCGAGGAGCUCGUCCUCAUCUACGACUUCCUGUCGGGCAGCGACGUGUUCGAGCGCCUGAACUCAGCAGACUUCGAGCUCAGCGAGCGACAGGUCGUGAGCUACAUUCGGCAAGUCUGCUCCGCGCUACAGUUCCUCCACGGAGAAGACUACGGCCACUUCGACAUUCGCCCCGAGAACAUCAUCUACACCACGCGCACCAGCGACCACGUGAAGAUCAUUGAGCUCGGCCAGUCCCGCCACCUCACCCCCGGUGACAUCAUCAAAGUGCAGUACACCACAGCUGAGUACGCGGCUCCUGAGAUCCACCAGAGCGACAUGGUGUCAUCCGUGACCGACAUGUGGAGCGUGGGCGUGCUGGCGUACGUGCUCCUUAGCGGCCUGAACCCCUUCACGGCAGAGACCCACCAGCAGACCAUCGACAACAUCUCCAACGCGGCCUACGGCUACGACGACGACAGCUUCAGAGCUGCCAGCGUGGAGGCACUGGACUUCACCGAUCGCCUCAUCACCAAAGAGCGCAAACACCGUAUGUCAGCGGCUGAGGCGCUGGAGCACCCCUGGCUCACAAAACCUGCUGAGGAGAUCAGCGCCCGAGCCAUCCCCACGGGUCGCCACAAGCGUUAUUACCAAGCAAUGGUGCGCAAGGAGUGGGGCACGGUGGUGUCAGCCGCCCGUGUGGCCAGUGGCGGCUCCAUCCGCCCGCAGCGCGGCGUCUUUGUGGCUAAAGUGAAGAUUGCUCCGUUUGAGCACGGGCCGCUGGCCGGGCAGGUCUCACACUCGGUCGCCAACGAGGGCGACGGCGUGAAGUUCGCCUGCAACAUCGAGAAUUACGACAGCACCACCGAGGUCACAUGGUACUGUGGCGUGCGCCAGCUGGAGACCGGCGCCAAAUACACCAUGGAGUAUGAGGACGGGCUCGCCGUGCUCACCCUGGAGAAAGUCACUCGAGCCGACGACGGCACGUACCGCUGCAAAGUGGUGAACGAGUACGGGGAGGACAGCGCCUACGCCGAGCUCUUUGUGAACGGCGUACGCAGCUACCGCGACUUCUUCACCACCCGAGUCGUGAAGAAGACCAAGCGCCGGGUGGACACUGCGCGACUGCUGCAGAAACCUCCAGAGUUCACGCUGCCGCUCGUCAACAAGACGGCGUAUCUAGGAGAAGACGUGCGCUUUGGCGUCACCAUCACCGUGCAUCCCGAGCCGCGCGUCAUGUGGCACAAGUCCGGACAGAAAAUGAUCCCCGGCCAAGACGACAAGAAGUACACCUUCAUCAGCGACAAAGGUUUGUACCAACUCAUCAUCCACGGUCUGGAGAAGGAGGAUGACGCCGAGUACAGCGUGGUCGCACGCAACCGUUACGGAGACGACAGCUGCAAAGCCCGCCUGACUGUGGUCCCACGACCCAAACCUGCAGACCUCACGCUGAGGCCCAUGUUCAAACGCCUGCUCGCCAACGUAGAGUGUCGCGAAGGUCAGGACGUGCGCUUUGAGAUCCGCGUGUCGGGGAAACCGGCACUGAAGUGGGAGAAGGACGGCAUGCCGCUGACUCUGGGCCCGAGCAUCGAGGUCGUACAUGAGGGACUGGACUACUUCAUCCUCCACAUCAGAGAUACCCUCCCCGAGGACUCGGGCAUCUACCGUGUCACUGCCACCAACUCGGCCGGCUCGGCCAGCUGCCAGGCCACGCUAAAGGUGGAGCGGGUCACCCACGUGAAGAAGGAGCCUGAGCUCAGCACCAAAGAGAAGGAAAAGGCCAAAGAGAAGGAGCUGAUGGACAAGAAGGUGCGCUUGUCCCAGAUCAUGGCAGGCACCGAUGUCCUACCGCUGCCCCCUGCCGCGGUACAGGCCAUGAGAGAAGCGGCCUCCAUGUUUAAACCUGCCGUGACCACGAAGAAGGGCGAGAAGACCGAGGCGGAGAUCCAGAAGGAGAAGGAGGAGAGGAAGAAACGCGCAGACGAGAAGCGGCUGAGGAUGCCAUACGUGGUGCCAGCCCCGCGACCCAUGAACCCUGCCGCGCUAGAGGAGGACGUGCAGAUCAAAGUCUUCAAACCCAUGUCCGACAUGAAGUGGUACAAGACGCUGCGCGACCAGUACGAGUUCCCCGAGCCCAUGGACAAGGUCCACCAGCGGCGACCCAAACGCAUCCGGCUGUCGCGCUGGGACCAGUUCUACGAGAUCCCCAUCCGCAUCAAGGACCAAUACAAACCCAAGUGGAGGCUCCCGGCUGUGAGCCAGGAUGACCUCGAGACCGUGAGACCUUCUCGCCAUCGCACACCAUCUCCUGACCCCACGGACGCCUACCGCCGCAUCCGCCGCAGGUCCCUCGGAGACUUGUCUGACGAGGAGCUGCUGCUGCCGGUCAAUGAGUACCUGACCAUGAAGCGCACGGAGGAGGAGCGCAUGCGGCUGGAGGAGGAGCUGGAGCUGGGAUACUCUGCGUCUCCCCCGAGCCUCAGCCCGGUACGCUUCGAGCUGUCUGCACUGCGCCCCACAUCACCGCGACCCGAUGAAGACCAGGAGACCGCCUGCUAUGACUCGUACAAGAUCCCGUCUAAGUACGAGGCUGGCCCGAGCUUCAUAGACCUGCGGGACCGCCACGACAAGGCCACGUUCAAACCGGCCAAAGGAAAACAGCGCGUCUACGAAGAAAGAGAAUCCACCGAGCUGCUGCGGCCGGCCACGACCCAGGGCCGCAUCUCCUCGUACAAGAGCCAGCUGAGGCAGAUGGACUUCGAGGAGCGCACACGCAGCAUCAAGAAGGAGAAAACCAUGGUGACGACCUACAGCGAGGAUGUGACCAGCGAACACCUCACCACCUUCACCUCACCGUAUCUGGCUAAACCCCUGAAGAAGCUGCCCCCUCCCGAGCCGGCGCUGGAGCCCGUGGAGAGAUCAAAGGUGGAGAUGGCGUAUCCCAAAGUGGACUUUGCCUCUCGAUACGAGGAGCGCAAACAGGCGCUUCGCUCAGAGCGGCGCUCACUGGAGGAGGUGCACCUGCCGCCCUUCAGCCUGGAUCACCCGCCGCUCUUCACCAUCCGCCUGCGGUCACACCGUGUCCCCUACGGCACCACGGCCCGCUUCAGUCUGAACGUUCAGGCCAAACCCGAGGCCACGGUGUCCUGGUCCCAUAACGGCAAAGACAUCAGCCCCAGCUCUAAGUACAUCAUGACCAACGCGAAUGGCGUCCUGACGCUGCAGAUCAAACGCUGCAUCACCGCAGACUCGGGCACGUACCGCGUGCUCUGCCGAAACGCCCGUGGCCAGGCCAGCGACUACGCCACACUAGAGGUGGUCGGGGAGGAGCUGGCAGAGUUCUCCACUCUGGUGCAGCGAGAGGACGAGCGAGACGAAGAGCCACCAGCGGCACACAUGAAGGAGACCAGGGCCGCAACCAGCACCACGACCAGGGCCGCGACCAGCGAGGCCACCGAGACCUACCAUGUGUCCAAGAGCGCGAGCAGCAGCACCACCAGGGCCGCGACCAGCGAGGCCACUGAGGCCUACCAUGUGUCCAAGAGCGAGUCCAGCACCAUCAGCCAGAGCGAGACCACAGAAGUCUCCCAUGUGUCCAAGAGCGAGUCCAGCAUGACCAGCCAGAGCGAGACCACCGAGGUCUACAUGUCCAAGACUGUGGAAGCAGUCGCCAUGGAGACCAUGGUUACAGAGACUGUAGUAGCACAGGCAGUCGUCAUGGAGACAUCUGCCCCCUCUUCUUCCCGAGUCAAGUCCCCUGAACCACUCAAGUCCCCCGCUCGGGUCAAGUCCCCAGACCCGGUCCUGUCCCCCCCUCGGGUCAAGUCCCCAGACCCGGUCCUAUCCCCCCCUCGGGUCAAGUCCCCAGAGUCCAUAAAGUCCCCACAGAGAGUAAAGUCCCCAGAAGCUGUGCGGUCGCCUCCUCGGGUCAAAUCCCCCGUCUCGCCCAAGUCCCCGACCCCGAAGUCCCCCACCCCGUAA